AAGACUGGAUGUAGCAUAUGUGCCCCAGGUAAGUUGUUAAACCAAACAAUGUGAGUUCUUACUGUGGGAUGGUGCUAGGGAACUUAUGGCAUUAUAACUACUACAGUGAGCUGACGUUUUUAAGCAAGAUUCAAAAAAUAGUAACACAGAAAAAAAAGAAAUGAAAACUUUCUAAUUUGUCUGUGUAACUUCAUUAGAGACUAGGGUUAAUCCCUUUGACAGUCCGAGUCUGUCCUUAGGCACUGUAUACCGGACUCAUUGGGUCCUGGUGUACACAUUUCAUCUUGAAGAUUUUAUUUUUUUUAAACUACAUUUUUCUUACUGUAAAUUUCAUUUUCCAUAGUACAAGCAGCAGUCAUCACAGGGCAAUUGAUCUUUUUAUUCACAUUUUAACUGGUGCUUUUCAAGGUGUUUGGUUUAGUAUAUUUUUACUAGUUAUGCUGACCUACAUAUCCUGAAAAUAUAUUAUUUAGCAUUAUAUGGUGAUGAAUAUAGCCCAAUACAUGCCAGAACCCAAUACAUAGCAAGUUAGAGACUGCUAUAAAUCCCUUAUAUGUGAUUAUGCAGGCUACUUGCGAGAGGGUUAUUGGUAAAGUGAAUUAUGAGUUUGUCGCUACCACAUAGCUUGGGGCAGAAUAAAUGUAUUCAAGCAUGUGAAAGCAUUCUAGAAUUGUGUGAAUUACAAGUUUAAGGCUUUUAAAAAAGAUAACUCCUAUAGUCAAGGAACUGAAAAGAAAGCCGAAAGACAUAGUAUCGCCACCUUGACAAUUUUUCGCUGCAAGAAACAUGCAAGGCAAACACCCGACAUCCCAAGAUUUGACCCAAAAUGGCAAAGAUAGAGAGUGAGACACAUCAAGCAACACACAUGAACAAACAAACUCAACGGUGACACAACAGGUCCUCCAAACUCUCAAGGACGCAAUCCAAGAUCUAGAUGCCAGGACGUUGCAUGUUAAAUCUUAGUUGGACGAUGUGGCGGAGCUCUGAUACUCGACCAGAGUAUCUCUGUCAAAGUCUCUCUCCUUUUCCCGCAGAGUAUUCAGUGAUAUAGCCGCCCACCCAGACAUCAAUCUAAAUCUGAUGAACACAAACACCGUGUUAACUAAAGCAAUACAGAUCCCACCCAGGCACCUCUGUGUCUGGGAGAUAACUGCAUCAAGAACCGCUAAUCUAACAAACCUUCCGACAUCAAGGCGCCUUAGCAAAAUACCUCCUCGCUACACUUAUAAGGGAUCCUCAGAUUGCUCAACCCGUCAGCUGUAUGAAUUUACAAAUGCAUGAAUAGGACCACUACACGAUGUAGGAUUGCCACUUGGUUAAAGGUUUGCUCCGGACCUAGCCUGCCAGCUUGCACAGAGCUGUAUCUGCUAGAGGAAGGAAAGAAUCAGAGCAAGGUGAAUAUCAGUCUUUUCUGCUUAAUUAGGAUAGUUUUGUAACAGACGAAUUAGUGGAAGCUCAUAACACCCUUGCUGAUCAGCUGCAGCAGGUGGAAACACAAAUGGAGGCUUACAAAGCCCGGCUUAUGAACUUUGAUGAUGGGUCACAGAGAAACAACCAGCAAUUGUGGAGUGUCACAAAAGUCACUAUCGCUGGGUCUCUAUAAACUCAACCCUUCUCCCUGGCAACUAUUUUAGUAACUGUUUGCCUCCAUUUCUGCAGAGUUGCUACACAUUGGGCUGGGGUUAGCUUUGAUUGGUUUUGCUGUUUGGAGUUAUGAAACUGUCUGUUUCUGUAUGUUUGACGAUUCUUAUGAUUUUGCAGAUGUUUUUUUAUGUCUAAGUCACUCUGUGCCCAUUAUAGGGUGUGUAUUAUUUGUUAAAUGACUUAUGUUCUUUCCUGUCCUGAUGAUGCUCUCUACCAACUAGGUGGGUUUGGCUGUGGAGCCUGUGCAGUGCCACCUGUUAGUUAACAGUCUUGCAAGCCUAUACAGCACCAUCUGGUGGUUGAGAAGAUCUUGAAACAGUUAUAUGCACUACCUGAAUAACUAGGUUCUCUAAUUUGCAUAUUCAGAUGGAUUUACAUAUUAUGGUUUAGACAGGCAGGGGACACAUUUCUUGUCAGUGUUUGUUUUCCCCCUUUAAUAAAUAUUGUAUUGUGUUAUAUGAGUGCCUGUAUGAUUCCCCAUAUCAUUAUGUUUUGGGUAUUAAUUGAGUGUGUCCCCAUAAAUGUAAUGUAGGCUAGUCCUGAGUGUAAAUAAAGUAUUGUGUGUUAGUUCCAAUGGGAAUUGUGUGUCCUGUCUGGUUUGUUCAGGGAUCCAUGUAACAGUUUCGGGCAUGUUGGCUGGCUCCACUGGUCCCGGAUUCCUGGGACGAGUUAAGAAACAGCUAGACCUGAGAGCCACAAGUGCCUUUGUUAGGGCUGUAGGUGGAGACAGUGAAGGCAUAGGUGUUGAUACCUGCCUGAGAGAGGAACAGAAGAGGAAGAGGGGACGAUACCUGCUUGGAAGAAGAGAACUGGAGCCUGGCCCAGUGGAAGUGGUCCUCAGAGACCCCUCUCAAGAUUGGCAAGUGGGUCUGAAGCACUCCAGAGUAGUAGGAAGCUGACCUGGUGAAGGUACUUAGUUGGAGUACGGGAGUACCCCAUUUCUUUAUUAGGUACAGAUCCGAAACUUUUGGCGAAAAUCUUUGCACACAAGCUGGGGUGUUUGUGGCACCAUAUUAUACAUAACAAUCAGGUGGGUUUCAUCAAAAAUAGGUCUAACAACCCCAGAAAGGUAUUAGACCUGAUAACUAGCAUUACAAAUACAAAGGGGUGUUGUAGUAUCACUGGAUGGUGAGAAAGCCUUCGACUGUCUCCAUUGGCGGUUCCUGGAAGCAGUCUUGGGCUAAUUCAGCUUACCAGAGCAAUUUAUCUUGAUCAUUACAUGUUUGUAAAGCACCCCUAAAGCCAGGGUUUUAAAUGUGGGAUUCCUGUAGGACUCCUUUGGUAUCACAAAUGGUAUUAGACAGGAAUGUCCUCUCUCCCCUUUACUUUAUGUGUUAGCACUGGAACUUUUGGUCACAUCCCUCCAAGCUGAUUCAUCCAUCCGAGGGGUAAUAGUAGGAGAGCAAGAAUACAAGUUAAAUUUAUUCGCAGAUAACAUCCUACUUACUCUAACACAGACAAUCACUUCCCUUCCUGAUUACUAUUUAUUGAUAAUCUGAUUUCAUCCCUACUAGGUGUAAACAUUGAUCUCAACUAAAUGGUGUUUUUUUUGUUUUGUUUUUUUGGCAUGCACAUUUCCUUCUCCUAUACGUAUAUAGCAAGUUAACUGUGGUAUGUAAUGUAUUUUUUUUAAAUGUAUUUCUUUGUUUAAUACUUUCGUAUAUCAGGUCUUUUAUGUUGUAAGACCUUGGCAGGGGUUGGUUAGGUUUUGACUUUAUUUGGUCAUAUCUUCUUGUUUUUUGCAAUAUGUAUGUUUUUGUAUUUUGUACUAUUUGUGCUGAGAUAUGUGACAUAUAUUAUUAUGAAUUCAAUAAACAUUUAACUUUAUAGAGAGUGUGUUCCUCUUUAUUUUGAUAUUUGGUACCAGUAUCCUUUAAUAACAUGGUAUAUGUUUAUUCCAAUUGUAUAGAAGUAUGGAAAUAGUGGAACAAUAUGAAAUAAAACCUCUUUUCUUAAAAUGAGGGGGCUGAUUUUUCUUUUGAUUUACAUCGCAAUGAGAUGUACAGUCAUUUUUGGGUGGAGGGGCUAAAAAGGAGCAUUCUGGUAUUCUGGGAAGUAAGACAAACCACAAUGGAGAUAUAAUCUCUCUCAACAGAUACUUUUUAUUUUUAGUGUUUUUGUUUACAAUCCAAGAACAAUGAUUAGGCCUAGAGUCUCCCUAAUGCACUUAGAAUAAACCUCAAGAUAAAAGAGAGAGAGAAAGGAAAUACUGGAGCAGGAAUAUCAUCAGCUUUCAAAGGUCCCUCUUAUUAGUGGGAACAGUAAACCAUUUAAGUUGAAAAAGUAACGCAGUAAUAGUAAUGCAGUUGAUGGGAACUAUGUUUCCCAAUGCUAAGCCAGACAUAAUCACAAAAAUUGCAGUUCCAAAGAUUAGCCAUCGCUACACUAAGGUAAAUGGGGGUGUGGGGUUCAAUUACAAGCUGACAAUCCACUUGAACAUUUUUAACUUAACUACAUGAUUUGUAACACCAUUUUCCUAGGAUUCUUUUUCUCCCAAAGCUGCUAUUUUAGACAAAAAAAUAUAUUUUUGUAUUUACCACUUUUAAUUCAACUCACUGUUUAGUAUCCAGUCCAUUAGAACAUUUCUCAUAAUGAAGAUUAUUGCUUGCAACAUUAGUUGCAAGCAUACUGUAUACACUUCCUCUGCUUAUGUUAUACAAUUGUAUAGGGAUUUGUUCCACAAUUACACUUUUAAUAAGAAAGCAUAGAGCAGUAUGUAAACCAAUCUGGCAAAUUUCAAUGUGAAAAAACGGCUUUCUAUUUGACCCUGUAACUUUUAAAAACACUAUAAAACCUGUACAUAGGGGGUACUGAUAAACUCGGGAGACUUCGCUGAACACAAAUAUUACUGUUUUAAGCCAGCUAUUCCAGGCAUGUGAUCGCGAGGACCCUGCGAUCACAUUGCACGGGAGGGCCGGAUCGGGCAGAGGCAGACCCUAGGAUCGCGAUCGUCGGCGGGGGAUCGCCAGCGUUCAGGUAAGUGGGAAUUUACUAUCGGACGUACCAGGUACGUCCACGGUCGUUAACGGGCGUUUUUUGUCGGACGUACCUGGUACAUCCAUGGUCAGGGAGUGGUUAAGGACCGCGGCGAAUUAGAGCAUCUUAAAAUCCCCUCCCCCCCCUCACUGCCGGGUCCCUGGGUGCCUGCGGUUUAUGUGUGAAAAAUGCAAAAAAAUAUAUAUAUAAAUGCUAAUUUUGGCCAGGGUUUGUGACUAAGUGGCUACUAAAAAAAGACUGGACAUACCCCAUUUUGAAUAUCUGGGUUGUCUACUUUCACAAAUGGUAUGCCAUGAUGGAGUUAAGUUUUAUUCCUUGGCUGCUAUACAGUCUCAAAGGCAACAUAGGCCCAGCAAACCAAUCUGGCAAAUUUCAAUGCGCAAACAUGGAAAAGGGGAAAGCUAUACAUUUGACCCUUGUAAGUUUGCAAAAACCCAUACCCCAUGGGGGCACUUUUGUACUCAGGAGAUGUUGCUAAACACAUAUUGGGGUGUUCUUUGGCAGUAAUGCGUAACAGGAGCUGAGAAUCCAUGCCUAUAGUACAAUGUGUGUGAAAAAUAACACAAAAAAAUGACUACCCAAAAGGUUGACAAAGACUGGUGGUAGAAUUAGUGCAUAGAAAGUGUUAAAAUACCACCAUUUGAAAUACCCUCGGGUGUCUACCUUUCAAAAAUAUAUGGUUUGAUGGGGAUAAAUUACAUUGGCCGGCUUCAAAAAUGUCCCAAAUAGGACAUGGGUGCAUGAUGACCAGCUGCAAAAAUUCCAAGUUGGAAAACUGGAAUGUGCACCGUCCAAAUAAGAUCUUUUAGCCCCAACACACCUAUACAUGGGGGGUAUCACUAUACUCAGGAAAUGUUACUGAACACAUAUUGGGGUGUUCUUCGGCAGUUACCCUUAAGGUUCUCCGUACAUGAAUUCUUAAAUUGCUAUGUGUGUCAAAAAUAUCAACCAUUAUUAUUAUUUUUUUGGCAUAGAUUGGAGUUAAAUGGUUGCAUAGGGGGGCGGAGCCUGACAGCCGAGACGAGCGGAGGCACAACUCUGGAGCUCCGUGUUAAAACCGGAGAAAUUAAGCCUAAAUACAGCCUACAUUACCCCCACUAAUCACGACCACACACAGGAACCCCUCAAGCACGAUGGGACACAAAAAUAAAAAACAGAUGCCAGACAAACCAGCCCCAGGACUAACAAUAGGGGACAUGUGGCAGGAAGCACGCGGCCCGAGUGAAGCCAAUAUGGCGGCGCUCCACGGAGGAUGCACAGACUUCUCAGACGACUGCUCAGAAGGAGCCGAAGAGGAAUACUUCCGAGCCCCUGACUCAACACCGAAGGCACAACCAGGCAAAACAAGGACUGACCCUGAUGCCAACCUGGUGACCACAGGGGUGCUAAAAAUUCUACUAGCAGAUUUACAGAAGAACAUCCUUGCGGAUGUCACAGCAUUAAGGGGAACGCUGCAGGGCCUCAUGGGCCGAAUUGCUGUGUUGGAGGACUCCUCUCAAGAAAGCCAGCGCACCAUCGCCACAUUGCAGAGAGACGUGCAAGAAUUGAGCCGCAAAAACAUGAUGCUUGAACGGCGCCUGGACGCCCAGGAGGACGCAAGAAGGAGACACAACAUAAAGGUCAGGGGGAUCCCGGAGGGGCUACCGGAGGCAGAAUUGCCGCACACGAUCAGGCGCCUGCUAACUACUAUACUGCCCCCAGGUCAAACUAAACCCAUCACUCCCACAGAUCUAUUCUGUAUCCCGAAACCUGCCAGGGCCACAGACGCGGCCACAAGGGACACUAUCCUUACCUUCAAAAAUGGAUCAGACAAAGCAUCGAUCAUCACCGCCCUCCGGGGAAAAACUCCUAUACAAUUUGAGCAUACGAAGCUAACAUUCUAUAAUGACCUCUCGAACGGAACUCUGGCGUGGCGUAGAUCACUCAGACCCCUCACUGCCACACUCCAGAGGCACAAAAUCUUAUACCGCUGGAGGUCAGCUCACACACUCCUCGUGCAGCAGGGAGAAACAACUCACCAAAUCCACGGCCCACAGGAUGCAGCGGAUCUUCUACAGGCCUUGGGCCUACCGCGGGACUCUCUCUCCCAAGCGGACCACCGAGCCCCCACCACCCCGACUCACAGCUGGGACCCAGAGAACUGCCCCCCUUUUGUACCACGAAACAACACACCGGUCACAUACGCCUCGGUCACCACCUAAGCGGAGCCGAGGUGCCCACGCUCCAAUCCUAGCAGCACACGCCCGCCAGUUACGGCAAUGAUUACAAGGUUGCCGGGACCACCCGCAGUACCCUACACCUGCCCGACCAACCAGCCGAAGAAUCUCAACAAAACCAAGGACUGCUAACUUUGCCCCCGCCCCCCCCAAAUACGUCCCACUGCAGUUUUACCCUCCUCCUGACCACCUAGGUCUCAAAAGGAUCCAACGCAGAUCAACAACCUUGACGACUACAUCACUCCAGGACACCCUCACCUAUCCCUGGCCUCUCGAGAGCAUGGUACGUCUCUUGCAACUUGCAAGAGACCCAUUCCAAGUGACAUUACCACUCAAUUCUUCACUCUUUGUGACAUUACUGAAUUCCCUGCCACCUCCGAACCAGGGCAAUGGCUGACUCGACAUAUACUAGGGGCCUGUAGCCCACUUCUCACGAGGACUAACUCUACUUAACAGCCCCCCUCAACCCAGGUCGAUGCCACCGCUGGACACAUCACCCACACAGCUGCGGAAUGUUUAAUGUUUAAAGUUAUAAUUUAGAAUAAGAAGUAGGAUGCAGUGCUAGGGAGCUUGUUACUAUACUCUCUACCAAAACUAGUGUUAGUUGUGCUAACGUCACGUCAGGUCUAAGCCUCAUCGCAUAAAACUUAGCAAAGCUUUAAUAAUUGUGUGUUUCCUUAGCUACCCACAUAAGCAUAGCCUAUGCUAAUUAACAUGUUACUCUAUGAGGAAGUACUAGCUAAGCUUUGUCUAUUUAGCUGCUUAUAAUUUUGACUUAAUCAGAUGCGCAGCUUUCUACGUCUAGACCCAUAACCCAGCGGCAUAACGUUCUCAAUGCAUGCAAGACUCAAUAUUUAACUAGCCUGUUUACUCAUAGACAUAUCUGUCUAGCAAUUUUUGGUCUGAAGUUACUGGCCUGCAUAAUUGCACGAGAGAUCGUGGGAUUAUAGUCAAAGAUUCGGGCACAAGAGUAUAGCAUUUCUUGGGUAGCAGUCUACGUACCUUCUGCUAACUAAGCUAUCCACACUGGCCGUUUAAUUAACUAGUAUAAUAUACCCAUUCUACCUAUACUGUCACUAGAGCAACUCAAGUACCACCUUGAGAAAUGUACCUUACAGUUAUGAGUGUGCUGACAAUCCCCCUUACCUAGCAGCAGUGCUGAUGUCUUGCAGAGUCGGGACUGUGGAAUUGGCUGACAUUUUGCCCAUAGACUCUGAGACUACCACUUGCUCAACUGAAACUCAAGGCCACAUUGUGUUGUUUUAAUUUCUCGCUGGCACUAUUAACACUUAUGUGGUAUUACUUGCAACUAAACGUUACAACAUGUUCAUCAUAUUUAUAUUAGCUAAAACAUACUCGAAGUCGUUCUGUUAUUGCUUGCAUCUCUGCUUUAAUCAGGUUGAGUUCUGCAAAGAACAUGUCCUGGAAAUGUGCCAGGAGAUCGUGUAUGUCCCGUUUUGUCACAGGUGGUUCACUUUCAGGCAUAGCCUGUGCUCCCUUCUUGGGUGCCUUGUCCGCCACUGGAUCAGUUGUAGUCUCCAUCCGAGGGGAUGAUGGCUCCCGCGUGCGGGGCGUCAAGGCCAGCAUCUGGCCGAUGUCGUGGUUGGAGGCGGCCGCAGCCGGAGCCGUUUUUUGUGAUUUGCGGCCCAUCGGGGGAUCUGGUGUGCCCCGAGGUAUACCGGCUGCUUGUGGGUCUGUGUCCCAGUAGUCUUCGUCCCAGGGGGCGAUACGCGGCUGCCGCGGGAAUCCCGCCCGGUAGGCCCGAGGCCCUUUCCGCCGGAUUUUCGUACCCGACGGGCACAAAAAAGGCAUCCACCGGUCCGGUAGGCGGACCCCAGUAUAAGGGUCGCUAUUACGGCUCUGGAUGUGUGGCGGUGCGCCAGUUAUAAGUGAUUUUCCAGGCGAUGAGCGAGGAGCUGGGUGAAAUGGCGUCUGCUCCUGAACGCCGUUAGCUCCGCCCAAUCGCUUGAUCAGUUCUUGAAUACUUUCCAAUGUUUUUCCUGGGCCUAGUCAGGUUAACGGGAUCUUUAAAUGUUUCAUACUAUAGUUAGCGAUAUUACUUUUUUCACGUGUCCUAGUUCAGCUAGAUAAGCCAGCGACUAGAUGGAAUGCUUCAUAAGAUAUAUAACGCAUUGUACCGCCAAGGUUUCGUUAGUGUUGUGCUACACUAGGACCAAAUUUUAAUUGUACACCCAGCGUAAAUAUAAACGUGGACAAUCUAGAUAUAAAUAACUGAAAAAUGUGCAUGGAUUUAUGAAAACUCAAUUGUUUAAAAUGUUGAUAAUCAGCGUGAGGAAUGCUAUUGGGGCACCACACGCCUGCUGUGAUGUUUUUUCUUUGCACUACAAAAAAUAAAUAAUUUUUUUUUAAAAAAAUGGUUGCAUAGAAAGAGUCAAAAUACCCCAAGUUUAAUACCUUAGGUUGUCUUCUUUUUAAAAAAUAUAUACAUGUGAAGGGUUAAUCAGGGAUUCCUGACAGAUAUUAGUGUUACAAUGUAACUUGUGUUAAAGGACCACUAUAGUGCCAGGAAAACAUACUCGUUUUCCUGGCACUAUAGUGCCCUGAGGGUGCCCCCACCCUCAGGGACCCCCUCCCGCCCGGCUCUGGAAAGGGGAAAGGGGUUUAAACUUACCUUUUUCCAGCUGGCGGAGAGCUCUCCUCCUCCUCUCCGCCUCCGUUACGCCCCGCCGGCUGAAUGCGCACGCGCGGCAAGAGCUGCGCGCGCAUUCAGCCGCAUAGGAAAGCAUUUACAAUGCUUUCCUAUGGACGCUGGCGUGCUCUCACUGUGAAAAUCACAGUGAGAAGCACGCAAGCGCCUCUAGUGGCUGUCAAUGAGACAGCCACUAGAGGAUUAGGGGGAAGGCUUAACCCAUUAAUAAACAUAGCAGUUUCUCUGAAACUGCUAUGUUUAUGAAAAAAUGGGUUAGCCCUAGCUGGACCUGGCACCCAGACCACUUCAUUAAGCUGAAGUGGUCUGGGUGCCUAGAGUGGUCCUUUAAUUUUGAAAGAAAAUGGUUUGGAAAUAGCAAAGUGCUACUUGUACUUAUAGCCCUAUAACUUUCUAAACAAAGCUAAGAACAUGUUAACAUUGGGCAUUUCUAAACUCAGGACAAAAUGUAGAAACUAUUUAGCAUGGGUGUUUUUUGAUGGUUGUAGAUGCGUAACAGAUUUUGGGGGUCAUAGUUCGAAAAAGUGUGGGUUUUUUUCUCUCUCAUAUUUUAUAUUUUUAUAGUAAAUUAUAAGAUAUGAUGAAAAUAAUGGUAUCUUUAGAAAGACCAUUUAAUGGUGAAAAUAACGCUAUAUAAUAUGUGUGGGUACGGUAAAUGAGUAAGAGGAAAAUUACAGCUAAACACAAACACUGCAAAAAUGUAAAAACAGCCCUGGUCCCAAACAGUAAGAAAAUUUAAAAGUGGUCUGGUCACUAAGGGGUUAAAGGUAAUUAAUAUAAAAGUAUAAAACAAGAGAAAAUACACUCAAAGUGAGGUAGAUAAUAAUAAUACACUAAAUACACUUAACGCGUUUCACCUGGCAAGAGGCUUUCUCAAAAGUGUUUUUUCAUUCGUACAUAUAAGUGUUAGUCUGUAAAACAUCAAGUUAAUGACAAAUACUUCCUAAUUUUAUUACCGCACUAUAAAAGGGGUCAAAGAGUCAAAUAAAUCUUUCCAAGAUAGAUCUAUUUUGAUAGACAACUGAGAAUGGAACGGUCACUUCCAGCAAUAUUUUAUUAGGUUUAGGCUUACUUAUUCCAUAUAAGUAAAAAAUCCCCGUUAAACCUAGUGUUAAGUCAACAAUACUUGUUACUUCAAUGGCAUUUCUGGCAGUAAAAGGUUUUGACGUUCAUGAAUUGUGUUGAUGUUGAAAGCAAUCCUUUGAUACCCACUGAAAGUCAACAAUAAUGAUCAAUCGGUUACUGAAUCUGGAUUGUACUUUAACCAAAAUAAAGUUGGAAUAAAGAACAUAUUAAACUGGGACUGUUUGAACUUGUAGUGGCAUUGUGGUUAGAGGGGUCCAGUUUUUAUUUCAAGUUCACCGGAAUAAGGUAAAUUUCUUUGGUUCUUUGGCAAGAGGCCAGCAACUACACACAUCAGGCCAUGUAGUCUCUGUUUAGCUGGUGUGAGAAGACAUGGGAGUAAAGUGCCUGGGUCAUAGACAAAAAGGUGGGGGAAUAGUCCAUUCUGAUUUAUUUAUUUUUUAAAUGUGCUUCCUGUUAGAACAGAUUGUAGUGUAUCCAGUAAUUUUUCAGUGUUUGAUAAUUGUGCAAAUCCUAUACUUUGCAUGUGAUUCACACCUGUAAAUUGUUGUUUUUAAACCAGAAACAGGCUGAACUUGAUGGACGCAAGUCUCUUUUCAGCUAAGUAACGAUAUGUAACUAUGUAACAGGAUUGCACAUUCGUAAAAUCACUGGGUUUCCACUGGAUGUAUUCACCUUUAGCAAAUAUUCAAAUAGCAUAUCCAGAUUAAUCUGGGAGUUUUUCCAGAUGUUCAUAAAAUAACCCUGCUAAUGUACAUCUUAUUAAAAAAUUUAUGAAAGCACUGUCAACAUUUUUUUUUUCUGUUCUCAUUUUACAGUGAUGCUUUAAAAUACUAAUAAUGUUUAUUCUUUAGGUCUACCGAACUCUCCUUCUGUGUCAUUCAGUAAAAGGAAUUCCUGUAAACACAUACUAUAUGUUUUAAUGCAAAAAUAUGGAGCACAGCUUCCUCCCGUGAGUCUUGUAAAUUCUCCUUGCUGCCUUCCAUGCAUUUAGCAAGGUACAUUGUCAUAGAGACAGGGGCAAAAACAAGGAGGGGGGACUGCAGGGAAGGGUUAAAAAAAAGUUAUUAUGGAUACAGUGGUGACACCUGGUGGUAGCAUAUGAGUAUUACGUCUACUUUUGUUUUUGUCACAUUAAGGGAGGGACAUAGACUACGUUCUUCUGCCAAUGUCAUAUUUUAAAAUUGGUGUAUAAGUGACAAGAUUGUCUAGAUAUUCCUGUUUACAUGACCUAGUUAUGAGUGUGAUAAGCUGGUGUUGAAAGUGAGGAGGCGUUGGCUCUGUCACUGUUUGUGCUGUACCUGUGCUGUGCGUACAUGGAAGGUAUAUCAGUGUGGGAGGGGGGACAUUAUGCUAUAAUAAUAAUAUAAUGAUUUUCCUAUAAACAAACAACUUCAUUUUAUAUCUUUGUGUAUGACUGUAAGUGGUCAUUGUGAUUAUAAUGUAUAUCAGGGUGUAUAUACACUGUGGGUUAAGGUUAGUACAGCGUUCUAUACAAUUUAACUGUUUGGGUUAUUCACUAAAUUGACAAUGGAAUUUGUAAAUUAUAGACCGGAAUAGCUGAAUUGUAUCAAUUCCCUAUAUUAUUUAUAUCUCCAACUCAGUAGCAUAUUUGAGCAUAUAUUAGCAUUUUGUUUUUAUCAAGUGUAUGUACAUUAUAUGUGAGUGGAUACGGCACUGUACUCAAAUCAAGUGUGAGUGCAUUGUGUGUAAGUAGAGACUGAUAUUGUCUUUAAACUGUAUAUCUGCUGAAUGUACACUGUAAGUGGAGGUUGGCUAAUGCAGUGCAGCUUCUAAGUUUAAAUUUUGUGUAAGUGAUAGUACGCAUAAUACAUAGACUGUAUAUCUGCUGUAUGUACAAUAUGCAGAAAUUGAGGCUGGCACUGCUCUUUAAAUUUGCCAUGUGUAACACUGUGCAAGUUCAACUGAUAUUGUGGUUUAUAUUGUGUAUUUUGUGUGUAUUUAGUAAGUGGCGGUUGGGAAUGUUUAAACUGUAUACACUUGCAAGAAAAAGUAUGUGAACCCUUUGGAAUGAUAUGGAAUUCUGCACAAAUUGGUCAUAAAAUGUGAUCUGAUCAUCAUCUAAGUCACAACAAUAGACAAUCACAGUCUGCUUAAACUAAUAACACACAAAGAAUGAAAUGUUUCCAUGUUUUUAUUGAACACACCAUAUAAACAUUCACAGUGCAGGUGGAAAAAGUAUGUCAACCCCUAGACUAAUGACAUCUCCAAGAGCUAAUUGGAGUGAGAUGUCAGCCAACUGGAGUCCAAUCAAUGAGGUGAGAUUGGAGGUGUUGGUUACAGCUGCCCUGCCCUAUAAAAAACACACACCAGUUCUGGGUUUGCUUUUCACAAGAAGCAUUGCCUGAUGUGAAUGAUGCCUCGCACAAAAGAGCUCUCAGAAGACCUACGAUUAAGAAUUGUUGACUUGUAUAAAGCUGAAAAGUAUCUCCAAAAGCCUUGCUGUUCAUCAGUCCACGGUAAGACAAACUGUCUAUAAAUGGAGAAAGUUCAGCACUGCUGCUACUCUCCCUAGGAGUGGCCGUCCUGCAAAGAUGACUGCAAGAGCACAGUUGAGUUGUUUGGAAGAAACACACAACACUAUGUGUGGCGAAAAAAAGGCACAGCACACCAACAUCAAAACCUCAUCCCAACUGUGAAGUAUGGUGGUGGGGGCAUCAUGGUUUGGGGCUGCUUUGCUGCGUCAGGGCCUGGACGGAUUGCUAUUAUCGAAGGAAAGAUGAAUUCCCAAGUUUAUCAAGACAUUUUGCAGGAGAACUUAAGGCCAUCUGUCUACCAGCUGAAGCUCAACAGAUGAUGGGUGCUGCAACAGGACAAUGACCUAAAGCAUAGAAGUAAAUCAACAACAGAAUGGCUUAAACAGAAGAAAAUACACCUUCUGAAGUGGCCGAGUCAGAGUCCUGACCUCAACCCGAUUGAGAUGCUGUGGCAUGACCUCAAGAAAGCGAUUCACACCAGACAUCCCAAGAAUAUUGCUGAACUGAAACAGUUCUGUAAAGAGGAAUGGUCAAGAAUUAUUCCUGACUCUUGUGCACGUCUGAUCUGCAACUACAGGAAACGUUUGGUUGAAGUUAUUGCUGCCAAAGGAGGUUCAACAGUUAUUAAAUCCAAGGGUUCACAUACUUUUUCCACUAGCACUGUGACUGUUUACAUGGUGUGUUCAAUAAAAACAUGGCAAAAACAUCUGCUGUGUGUACACUGUGCAUGAAUGGAGGUUGUCACUACAAAGUGUAGCACUGUGCUUAUACUGUAUGUCUGCUGUGAGCACUAUGUGUGAAUGUAGGCUGGCACUGUGCUUAUAGUCUAUACCUGCUGUGUUUACAUUGUAAAUGGAGGAUGGCAAUGUGUUUAUAAUAAUAAUAACAAAGUAUUUAACCAGGAAAGGUACAUUCAGAUUACACAUAAAAAUCUAUGAUUUUUUUUUUUUUUUUAAACUGGAAUCAAAUUGGAAUUUUCAUAAACUAUAUAAGUCCUCUAUAUGGGGAAUGGCCUCAACAGUUACCACACUUGUCCUUUGAUCUCUGUCUAUUACUGUUUAAGAUUAUUUUGUUUUGAGUCAUGUUAUUGGAGCCUUACAGGCUUCCAUAAGUAACACUCCGUUUAUGAGAUGUAGGUGGAACGCAAGAUGACCGUGCAAUGGAAUGCAUGCGUCAUUAGAAGACUACAUCCGGAACGUGCGCACCGGAAGUGAUGUCAUCAAGUUUGCGGAAAACCGGAGGUGACGUCACCGAAUCGGCAAAGACCGGGAAAUUCAAUUAUAAACAGCUGGAGCAACUGAACAACACCUACUAGACUGCCAAUGAAAAGAAAUAUCACCCAUAUAAAAGAGAGACUCGGGGGGGCAAAUUAUACUGCUUGUUUGAUUACUUCCUGUUUUUACAUUUGCUGUGUGUAUUCAACUUUGGUGGCUUAGCCUACCAGUAGGUUCCUGAGGAAGUCAUUUUCAGACGAAACGUGUAGGACCUGGUACAUCACCACUUUUCAGUGUAUUUUUACAUCUUCUUUAAAAUAAAGCAGAAUUGUUACAUCCAUCUAUCCUGAGUCCAGUCUCAUCAUCACUAAAGGAAAGGAUUUAGCCCCCCAAUUUCAGCGGGGGAGGCACCCUUGGGCAAAAUAUUUUCUUCUAUCUUGUGAGUUUUACAUGUAACAGCACAUUUAUAUAUUGUUUGAGUGUUACACUAUUAUUUGUUUUUAUGUUGUAGAUCUGCAGCUGGAUUCUCCAUUUUUGUUUUGCAUUUAUACGGUAUUUAAAAGGGAUACUUGCUGGGAUAUCCCGGGAGAAAGCUGUUACCACUAUCCAUAGAGAUAAGUGUUUUUUCACUACCCUAUUAUUUUUAGGUGUAGGUGAUCAUAUUCUUUUUUUGUGUACAUACAUUCAGAUUACUGUGUUUUUUUUAAGUAUGUCCUGGGGAUGUUAGCCCAACAUCCAGUGGUUGUUACAAUUACCCAAUUUAAUGAUACUCAUUUUAUCUACCUCAGAAGGAUGAAGAGCUGAGUCAACCCUGCCGGGAUACAUUAGCCCACUGAGCUAUCUCACCGGCUUUAUACUGUGCCUCUUCUGUGUACACUGGGAUUGUGUAAGCUGUAUUUUAGCUGUGUGCAUAUUGUGCAUACCUCCCAAGUAUCCCUCUUGAGAAGAGACCAUUCCUGUUUUGGGCCCAAAUCCAUUGGCCCCUUAUUUUAACCUAAUGUCACACUUUUCUAGGAGCUCCAUAUUGUUGGUGUGUCUGAGUGUAUUACAGAGCUUCAGAGCAAUAAUACUCACAGUAAUGUGUUUUUAAAAUAAAAUUAAUGGCUUAGACAGGAACUGUGUAAAUAAUAUACAUUAUCUUGUUCUAAAUUACAUUUAAUUGCAUACAUUGUUAUUAGUAAAUUACAAAUGAUGGUACUGCUCAUGGAAGCUUUGUGUAUGUACUUUGUACAAGGCCAAUUCAAAAUUUCUCGAAACCUUGGUUCAGCUAGAUGAACCCAUGUUCCACUGCUGUGUCUUUGCAACUGAUAUGUCUGUGGGGAGGGGUACUAAUUAUAUAAUUUUACUAGUCCAUGAUGAAAAGUCAUGAUUUUAUGAAUGAGUAUUGUGCAUUUAACUCCCACAGCAGCAAAGAGAAAAUCGAGGAGUAAAACAUAAUAAACAGAGUGUUCCACACCACAUACUCCUCCCAACAUAACAUCAGCCCUAUAAAACCUUAAAACACCUCCCAACACUUCAUCUUUCUUUGCAGUGAGAAAACAAUUACAACAGAUUGAACUAUUGGAUAUGAAUGUAAGAACAAGCCAGUGAAGAGUCAGAAGAACCAUCCAUAGAACCUGAUGAUUCAAUUGGCAAGCAGAACGGAUUAACAACAUGGAGGACGUGAUGGAAUGCUGCAGGAUCCAAGUAGAGUCUCAGACUUAAAAAGGUAAAAGAAGAAAGAGCUAGAAUUUAGUGCAGGUACGUAAUAACAUACACAACAUAAAUAUACAGUAAUUCCAAUCGCCAUAUGCCCCAUGUACAAGAGUAUUUAGGAUGUGACUUCAGCAAAACCGAUAUAGUUCGAUAUAGAUGGUAGAUCGGUACAGAUUGAUAGACCAAUAAGCACAGAGACGUAAGAAAGUCCAAUAUGAAUGUCACAUGGCCAAAAUAGGAUCCAUGUCCCUUGUCAGGUAUUAACCAGCUCAAGCGCACCAGGAGUUCCAAGCCGAUGAAGCUGCCAAUAAUCUUCAAGCCGAAUCUGAAAUUACUUGGGGAUCCCAAGGUCCCCGGAUAUGAGCCAUGCGAGAAGGGACAACUGUAUGGAGAGAAUCAGAGGGUGAGGUCGAUCAUCCGGGUCAUACAGAAGACUAGUAAACAAAGGGAGCAAUCUGGGAGAGUCUAUGGCUAGUUCUAGGACAUGCAGGAACUACGUUUGAAAGGGCCGGAAGGGGGUGAUUCGCAGGAUCGUUGCUGCAUUUUAGUUGAAUAAGAGUCCUGGGAAUCAUGGAAAAUGAGGGGUAAGCGUAAUGGGGGUUCCCGGACCAGUUCACGUCCAGGUGCCAAAUGUAGAAUUGAGGAAGCCUGGUGUACCUGGUGAUGGUGUCAGGAUUACUAAUUGUUCCAGCAUGCAGAAAUAGUGUCACACCUAGGACAAAGGAUAACGUCUAUCCUGACCUUAGAAUGGCCGGACUUAAUGUACCCAAAAAUAGUCAAAAUACUUGCUGAUGUCAGGGAAACAGAAUGAGACACAAUGAUGGGGGAAAGCCAAAAAUCAAGGAUACCAGAAAUCAGGGAAGUCAAAAUGAAGCCAAAGUAAAAAAAACUGAAAUAAUACGAUCAGGAACACACUUUUGGAUAACCAGCAAAGGGAAACCACGACAGGGCAAUAAGUAGAAUGGAAAAUGAGUUUAAAUAACCCUCCUGCAAAUCCGACCUUUGACCCCAAAACGUACGUGUGCAUCUUUUGUGUGACGUCACACACGUCAACGUCGUCAUUACCGUGGGUGGAAAUGGGGCUAUAAUAUGGAGUGGAUCUGCAUUGGCUGGCGUCCACCAACAUGUUGCAAAAGUCAGGCAUCGUGGCACAGGACAGCAGAGCGACACUUCCACCAGUCUUAGGAAGGUAACCUUCACUGUAAUCUCCACAUGGAGAGGAUGGAAACGUGACAGAUGGGAGGAAAAAAAAGUCGACAUGUAGGGGACCCCAUAAGAGGAGAACUUGAAAAAAACUAGGUAUCCAGUGUCCAGUCACUGGAGUCGGACAGAAAUCGUGAAUUCCAAUCCACCUCUACAUUGAUCAUACCCGAAAUUUUCUCUGCCCAAACUGAGAGGUUACAAGCCAAACAGAACUCCCCAAAAAUCCUAAAUAUGAGGAGGUUUUACAUAGUAAUGUCACUUUAAUUAUAUUUUCAGAUAUAUAAUAUGCACUGUGAGUAUAUACAUCAAAGCACUAUCACUUAAAUUGUUUAGUUUUAACAGUGCAUUUUUUCUAAUUAUUUCUGCUUAUUAUUUAUAUAAUAAUAUAAUAAUGCUCUUACAACAGAUUAUUAUAAUACAUUUUAGCUCAUUUAGCACUAGCACUAUUUAAUUUGUCUCCCACGUUGGAAUUAGUUUAGGACCCACCGAUGUUGGGGUACUGUGAAAUAGUGGUGGGCUUAACACAAUAUGGCCAUAUGGUGAAACUGAAUCCUUAUAUUUGUUUGCUGAGAUAGGUGAUUUAAGUAGCCUUAUAAAAUGUAAAACUGCAUUUUUAUGUGUGCUGUUCUUUAAUCUCCCCAAAUUCCUUGACCAGGGUCAAUAAAAUGGCCGACUGGGUACCCCCAAGGUGAUUGAUGUAUUGGACGGCUUAUACAUUGUCCAUACAUAACCUGAUACAUAAUCCCUGAAGAAACUCCAUACAUAAUCCCUGAGGAAACUCAAGAGGGCAAAACGAGCCCGCUAACAGCAAAUUGAAGGUAUUGUGCUUAAUGGUAAGACAGUCCCCAUUCUGCAGACCGCUAGGUGGUGUUAUAUAUCAGGGUCGAACAUUGGCUACCCUGGGUGUCUAGGACCAUGUCCACGGAAUUUGUGGAUUGGAGUCUCACAGUAGAGGGUUGAUCCAUAGGAGUGGGAUCUUACGGUGCAACAACAGGAUUUUUUGUCUUCCAUCAGGCUCUAUCUCUAGUUAUGGUUCACUCGCAGUGUGCAUGAGCAGUGCGUUCUUGGAUCAUUCUGAUUUGGAGGCACAAGAUAAAUGACAGGGCUUUUAGAGGGCCUGCACUCACUGACUGAGAAGUACCUGUAGAAUUACCAGCAACAGGUUUACAGGAUAGCAAUCCUUUAAAAAAAUGUAUAUAUAUAUAUAUAGUGAGGUGAUAACCCUAGAGCAAGCACUGACCAGCCUGUAGAAAAAAGUGGACAAUAAGGACUAACCAUUAGGGCAGGAGAGAAAUCUACAAUUACCAGGUGAAAAGAGGAAAAGGAUGGGCGGUGCUAUUGGCGCAACUAGGGUAAGGCAUCACAAGAUCACAAGCGGAUGUCACAGCGAAUUGCAAGAUCGCGGACUAGCCAUGAGAAGGUUGCAACAGAAGAUGGGCAACAUAGGAGAUCCCUAUGUAGAACACUGUGUGCAUUAUAUUACGCUUAGAUUUUCUCUUUGCUGCUGUGAGAGUAAAGAAAGAGUUAAAUGGAUAAUAUGAGCCUCUGUGUCUUGAAAUAAAAUUUAGGAACAUCUUAGCUGUACAUAGGGCAGUGACCUUGCCAAAAGUUGCAUAAAACAGUAGCUACACAAAUCUGUUUGGUAAACUAGUGAUUACAUAACUAGACAAAGUGCAUUUACUGAAAUGUCUUUUCUAAGCUGGUGACAAAAAGUACUGCAAUGAUGUGAUGAUGGUGUCUUACUUCUUAUUUAUCAAGAGGCAAAAUUACAUUCUUCAUGACUCACUAUACCAAAUUAUAAAUGACAAUAAAACAUUUGUGGCACUUACAGUUUCCUUUUGCAGGUUUAUUUUGGAUUCCUAAGCUCUUCUAAAGGGGAUUAUGGGGUUCAGAAAAGUGCAAAACUAAUAUUUCCCUAGGUUGGGUCAUAGUUAGAAUUUAGUUACCUCUACAAAAGGCUGGAAGGUUCAUGGGUGGAAAGGAUCAAAAAGAUCCAGACUGACCAUCCUGACUUAUAGAAUGUGCUGUCAGUAGAAGACACACAUUCAAUGUGUUAAAGAUCCUUCUGUUCAUGAGGUUAGGAGAGACAUUUGAUGUUAGAUGUUAGCCAUUUUUAUUAUUAGUUAGUCCUUUUUUAUUAUUACUGGAAAGUAUCUCACUUUGAAUUGAAAUAGCAAACUGGAAGCAAACUUAACUGAAUUACCCAUGGUGCUGCAGCUACAAGACCAUUACCGUAAAGAGCAGUCUACGACCAAGUUGUUGACCAACUUCAGUUUCUGUUUCUGUGUAACAUAACCGUUUGAAAGGAUUUGCUCUCACGGUCAUGAUAAAAAGUAGAAGAAAAUUAGGAAAUGUUACUUACCUACCGUUUCCCUAAAUAUAUAUCUGGAAUGAUGAAGAAGAGGUUAUACCUCCAAACAGAACACCACUGGGACUCCUGCACAAAUCCUCUGGAGCGGAGAGUUUCGGCCUACCUCCCCAAUUGCAGCCAGAGUUACCGGGAGUGUAGAGUGUAGGACUUCCUCCCCAGAGGCAGCCAAAGUUACUGGGAGCAGACAGUGUAGGAGCCGAGUAUGUACCAGGGAAUGGAGCUGAGUGGGCUUUUUCACCAACAGCAGAAUGAGGAGCUACUGGCCUCUUCCCCCAACUUGCUAUUGCUCCUGCAGGUGUGAGAGCGGAGGAGCUCACCACACCCCCAGCUGAAACGCUGGGAUCAGGACAGACACAAGUCAUGGCCUUCAUGGGGACAGACGGUCACUACCAAAGCUUUGUCCCCGACUACAGAGCUAUUGCAGAGCCCCUAACGGAUCUGACUAAGAAAAGCUUUCCUAGGCAGGUUCUUUCCUAGGCAGGUUCCUGAUCAGAUCGCAGUGUUGCCACAAUCCGGUAAAACUUAAUUGAGGGCGCUCUAGGUCCCAGAGUUACCUAACAGAGCGCUCUUUGGAGGUGUGAAAGAGUAGAUGGUGAGGCAUCGAACCAUACCCAGAAACUGGGGGAGUUCCAUGUGAUAACUAAAAGCUACAUCAUUUUAGGUGAUCAGGAUUUCCCACCCAGCACUGCGGAAAUCUGUGUCAGAUAGGAGGACUGUUGCAGCCUAGUCAAAGCUUUACUUCCAGCUAACUAGGCCAGCCACCUCCAAUCUGAGUGCUUUUUGGAUAGAGGUGGCCCUCAGAAGAGAGCUAUCUGGGUGCGGCAUUUGUUUGGUGAUGUGGGAAUGGGAACCCAUUUUUUUUUAUUAGAAAUUGUUAACUGAUGCUGAAGUUUUAAUUACAUUAUCUGGUCAGGAAAUAAUACGUAGGCCCCAGGUAUAUCGCAAUAUGCAUUGUUCUCCACGAGAUCUCCUGUUGAGAACCCAGGUAUAAAAGAAUGCCAUUCACGCAAUGAAAACAGUUCUACUUCACCUUACACUAAGUCUCAGCUAGUGCUUGGGUGAAUCUGCUAUAAUAGCUAUAAUCACAAAGGGAAAGGGAGUCCUUGGCAGCGACACUCGGGUCCCCAGCGAGUAGGCCGCCACACAUUGCUUUAUGAAAACACUGGUUUUUGGUUGAGUAACACUUUCAGGGAGAUUAUAAAGUAUGCUUCUUUGAAAAUCUUUGUAAACCAUACAUUUCACAAUUUUUCCUAACACCUGACCCUCAGAAUGCAUCCUUUGUAUACCAUCUGAGCCCAAUUUUUUUAAAAUUUGAUCAUCCACAUUUCAGCUUGAAAAGAACCCUUCAGAAAGGCUCACUGCUAACUGGCAGGAGUAUUUGUGUGCAUGAGGAUUAACCCAUAUGUACUAUGUUAAAAGAAGAACUGUAGAUUGGGACUGGUUAGUCUUUUCUUGAGGACUGAGACAAUUGUGAAUCACAAUUGGUUAACAGCCAGGCAAUACUUUGGAUCCCACUUUGUCCACGCAGUCUCCUGUCAAGUCCUUGCACACUUUUACUUGUUUGUCCUACCUUUAUUUCACAUCUUGUACUAUAUAAAUAUGCUGCCUUUUAUUCAGAAAACCAGUCAUCUUGUCCUUCUACUAAGGCUUUUACUUCAUCCAAUGGUUGGCUGAUGAUUGUGAGAUACCACUGAAGAUGACCAGGUUGCUAGGAGUAGCUGUGGUAGCUCCUCAAGGUCCUCGGUGGCACUGAGAAAGGAAUGAAUGCUGUAGCAGAACCACCGCUUAGUCGUGUGUUUUCUACUUGUAUUCUGUGUUUCCCCUUGCAUUUUGUGUGCUGUGCCUUGUUGUCCCUUUCAGGAGUGUCCAUAAGAACAGAACCCAUUCGUCUCCCGAACUGGGACCACCCACUAGAAUGUUCACCCCAAUUAAUUAGAACGUUCACACCAGUAACAUAACUGCGAAACCGCAAGGGAAGUAAUUAAUGAGUGCUCCCCUGGGUGGCCGCCAUUUCCUAUAGAUGAACGCCAACCAGAGGGAGCAUUCGUAUCCUGAAAGGAGACACUUUCCUUGCCUGGUGUUCGCACAGGAGCCUCAUGAACAGAGACCAGUCAGGAAAUGUACUGGUGUGGGGGUUCCUAAGGUUGGCGGGGACACUUUUGGGGCACUAGCUAUUCUGGCAGCUCUAUGUGCCUGGGAGACAAAGAGACUAGCUCCCCUUUACCGCGCCGGGUUCCUAGGCACAGAGGAUCUUGGGAUAGAAACCCCUGGUUGUCGGUGUGGAUGACCCCUUGAAAGGGGUUAUGCAUAAAAGCCGUGUGUGGCAUAAUAAGAGGGCGCUGUACUCCCAGAGCUGUGUCUCGUCCAGUUACUGGGGAGAAUGGGUGUCUUUACACUGUAAGCAGUUCCAGAGUGGAUGAGGGAAGGAAUUAGCGGAGGUAACCGGUUGGAUUACCCGGGGUCUGCUACAAAUGCAUUAACAGAUUUGGAUUUCUUGCACAGCCUACAUGUGAUUGUCACCUGAUAUUCAGUGGCUCGCCACUUAUGAACCUGGCUUGACUUUCAAUGUGUAACCAUCCUAAGAUUGCGCUUUUCUUUCAGAGAUUAUUUCCAUCCUUCCUUAGGGUCAAGUUUGGCUGAAUAACUGCUUACACCAUCAUUUCAUAGAUAUGCCAGGAUGAUUUUCUAGGAUGCCAAAACAUUAUUAGGCCAAUAUUACCUGCAAAAAAAAAUAAAAAAAUUCACCAACGAGCCUUUUAUUCUAUUUGUAUAGUACAUCUAAUCUUUGCAAAAGAAACUAAAAUAUAUUUUCUGUCUAGCUGUUUUGGAUUUUUUCACCAUAAAAUGUUUCAAUUUAUGGGAAAAGCAGAGUAUAGAACACAGAAAACAAAGCUGACAAACACAACUUUUUGUUGCCAUGUUGCUAAAGCCAAUAGGCCGAUGAGUUCAGUAUUAUUGUUCCCCAGAGCCCCCCAUAAACAUGGCAGAAAGGACACAGGUUGUAUUGUUACAUGUUCACUCCAGUCAUGUCAUUCGUAGCAAAUACUAAAGCUUCUCUCUCUUGAAGGUGAGUUGUAGAACAGAGUUUAGAGUGAAUGUGAGAGUGGGAGAGUUGGAGAUGCAUUGUAAGGUUCACUGUAGUGUAACAGUAUAAUGUAGAGGUGUAUGUGUGUGCUAUGUGCCAUGGUGUUCUGCAGUGUAUUUGAGGCGAUAUAUGAUGACAAUGUUGCUUUUUGCCAGUUCUAUACCUGAGGUGAGUUACAUCAUAUUACAUGGUACAUUAGUCUGCUGGGAUCAGGUAUCGAAUUACUGAUAUCCAUUUUAUCUGUGAUGUUUGUAUCUACAUAGUGAUAUUUUCUGCGGGUUACUAGCAGUGUCAUCGUAUUACCUGUUCUGUAUAUCCAGCUAGGUUAUGGUCCAUCAGUGCCUGCUGGUGCUUCAUGGUAGGGAUGAGCAGCUGUUGCCAAGCAAUGUACCUGUGUUUUCUAACAUGAUACAGUGGCCACUGCAUUUCCUGAAGAAUAAAGCUAAUAUUCUCACCUAACACAGUAGCAAGCUGUAUAUGUUGGGCUUUGUGUAGGUGUGAAUAGAGAAUGAUUGGUUUCAGUUGUAUUCUAGUGCUGUCCUACAUCUUGAGGUGUACUGGUUUUUGGAAGUAAUAAGGCGUUUUAUAUGCUGUUACAUAUGGAAGAUUUUAAUAGUUAUUGGGGUAAGGCUGCUGCCUGCCUUUUAACCCCUUAAGGACCAAACUUCUGGAAUAAAAGGGAAUCAUGAAAUGUCACACAUAUCAUUUGUCCUUAAGGGGUUAAUGAAGUGCUUAUACUGUGUGCUGAACAUGUAACACUAUUGAUCUGUUAAGCUGUCUCGAUGAGUGAGGAUAGAGAGCGUUAAUCCUCCCUGGAGAGGGCAUGAAUAUUCAGAUUGAACAACAAUAUGGAUGGUGAGACGGUAGUCAAGGGGUGUGUUCCUAAAUUAUUUGCUCUCAUUUCAUUGGCCUCUGCAUUCUCCUGGGUACCCAGUUCCCAUUCAUCUCCCUUCUUUCCUCAGUGACACUGGUCUCUGUGCAAAGAAGAAGAACGGGGGAGUGACACACAGACACACACACACCCUACACCAGAGAGGUGAGCAGAGACACAGCACAGCUUCCAUGUACCUGUGUGUGAUUGCUGUGUGUGUGCAUGGCUUGCAUGUGCAGAGCCUAUCGUGCAUUUCAGUCUUUGUAGAAGUAUCUCUGAGCAGCCUGCGAUUGUGAUUUUGUUUUCUGCAGCCAUACAUCAUCAUGACGAUUGUUUUGUGUCUAUUGUUGCAUGUCCCUGUCGGUGGCUAUUGAUGCGUGUAUGUGGGGGUUGUCUGCUGGUGCCCCUGGAUCUGUGUGUGUGUGUGUGUCUCUGGGAGAUUUGAUAUGGGGGGAAGGGAACAUCCAUUGAAAUGCAAAGUCCCUCUAAUCUCAUUCAAUCUGAAUAGGGUGUUUUGGACUGGAUUUUGUGAGACCCUGUGUUGACAGCUAUUUAUAUAUACAGCUUCUGUACCUGUUUAUGUGUUAAGAUAUGUGUUUAUUUUUGUUUAAAUGUCCUUGGAUAUAUAUAUUGAAAUAUAUUGAUAUAGAUAGAAAUCUGCAUAUGUGUUUUUGUAAGGUAUGUACAGAUUAUACAUAUGCAUCUUCAUGUUUAUAUCCUUGUGGGAGAUUCUAUCUCAACGUGUAUGAAUAAAUCUGUGUGUGGGAGGUGUAGGCAGCAUCUGGCUUUUCUGUAUAAUUAAUGCCUCUAGGACUAGACAGUCCAAAACACAGCUCCCUGGACUGUAGGGUUUGAAAAGGAUUCAGAGUUUUAGGUGAGAAAUACACAAUUCACAGGACUAUAAAGCAAGAAGAUCUAACCUAAAAAGGCUGAGGCCAAUGAUAAGGGUCAGUGUUUAGAAUAGUACAUAGAUACCCAACCGACUAGCCUACACCUAGACUUGAGCAAAGUGGGCACUCAGUUCUGACCAGGAUAAUUGUACAUUUUGUGACCAACAAGGGUAUAUGUGAUCUGUAACCUUUCUUGGCUACAGGGAAGGACAAAAUGGACAAGUCUCCCGACGGUCAAGCCAAGGGGGAGACAUCAAAGAAACCUUUAUCUUCCAGAGGGGUGAAAAAUGGAUCCCCUUAUCAAUCUCCUAAAGGAGCUACAAAUACCUCUCGACCUACAACCUUACGGGCCGCAGGUGAGUGGUACACUCCAUCAUUAUUAUGAUGCUUUCUACAAUCACCUAUGAUCAGCUAAUGAUAAAAGUAAUGGCAUAUUGUAGUAAUGAAGCCCAAACUAUUUACUUGAAUUGUCUCUGUUCUCCGGGUCCUUAUUCCCAUGUAAUGUAUUAGAAUAGUAACCAGCUUUUGAGUGCUUUAUUACCCCUGAAACAGCUUAUUACAGCACCCUUACUGCCUUAUUACCACAGUAUCUUUACAAUAUUGUAGCCCAACGUCUGACUAAUUUAUUGCACCUGUGAUAGUUUAUUAGUGUAACCAAGCUCCUGAGUGCCUGAUAAGUCUAUAAAACCAUUUUAUAUAUUGCUAUGUACUCCUAGGAGCAUCACCAAGACCUACGGCUACUAAAUCCACAGGGUUAAAAGAUACAUUGUCAACAAAAUCCAGCACUGGCAGGUAAGAAAUAAUAAUAUGAUUAUUAUUAUAAUAAUGUUAUCAACUAAUACUUAACUAGAAUAUCCUGAAUUGCAUUAAGCUAGUGCAAAAUAUUUGUGGUAUUGAAUACUGAUGGGUUUAUGGUUUGGAAUCAUGACUGGCUGAUCAAGCUAUUGGUGUGUCUGCUCGCUAUUGGUCUGUGUGAUGUUGAGUUUAAAACCUCUGUACAGGGUCGGAUUUACUUAUGAGGUGCCUGUAGGCACAGAACUCUGAGGCGCUCCCCCUCAAAAUACAUUUAUAAAUUGGACAUUGCAGGCCUAGCAUUCUCACUCACACAACAGACUCUGACUCCCCUAAACAUACAAAAUUCAACCACCACUUACAACACACAUACAGACACACUCAGCUACCUCCCAUACAACUUCAACCACAGACAACACUUAGCCACUACACUUAGUUGAACACACACAACAUUCAUGCAAAUCUGGCACCCUGUUUAGGGCCCACGGCCACCUUAAUGCGGCUCUGCCUAAUGAGCCUCUCAUUUGAAAAAUACAUCCAUAAAAAUUUUCUUAAUACAUUUCACUUGACCAAAGACAAAACAAUACAUUUAACUUACAUAUCUACAUAAACAAGACAAUGCGGCAAAAGAGAAAGGAGAAAACACAUAUCGAGUAAGAAUGUAUAUCUUAUAUCGUAUAUUAUCCAAAGUAUGACCAAUCCGACACAGUUUCCCUUUAGGUUUGUAAAGAAGUUAAUUUUGACAAACCUUUUCUUUGUUGAAAGCUCUAUUUAUUAAUCCUCUCCCAACAUUUCGUCCAAACAGUUAUUUUUUUACUUAAUUUUUGUUUGCUUAACAACAGUUCCAUUUUGAUCUGAAACUUAAGCUGGGCUCUAACUUGAUCCCAAGGAACGUCCCUAUCAUUUUUCCAGCCUCUCACAACCACAAAUUUUGCUAACAUAUUAAAAAAAAAAGCUCAAGGUGUUUGUCAAGCUUUUUUUUUUUUAACGUCAUUGUAUGCGCGCAUUACACCUCCCUAUAGGAAAGCAUUACUCAAUGCUUUCCUAUAAAGAUUCCUGUGACGCGGGAGGUCUUCAGGCAUAGCGUGAGAACGCCCAGCGUUGUUUAGACGACCAAAGAGGCCGGAAGUCCCUCGAGUGGCUGUCUUGUAGACAGCCACUAGAGGAGGACUUAACCCUGCAAGGUAAUUAAACGCACACUACAAUCUAUAUCCAUUCCACAUUCCUACGAUACAACACCAAUUUCCCUUCCAAACACAUACUUACAUACAUAUAGCCCAUAUCCCUCAACAUCCUACAGCUCCCUUCCAAAAAAAAAACCCUAGUCCUAUAGCUCUCAUCCCCUAAAGAGUGUAUUCCCCAACAUACACUACAGCGUCUAUGUGACAAACGCUCCUUCCCACGUACGUUUGCCACGGACUCCUGGAGGAGUGUUGAAGCCGGUCUUCUGCCCACUGACUAUGGUCCAGGUCUGGGACACUGUUUGGGAGUUAUUAUAGAUAUAGCAAACCACGGGUAACUCGACUGGUUACCUCCGCUAUUGCCUUCCUUCAGCCACUCUGGAACUAUCAGCACAAGUAAAUACCCCUUUUCCCAGUAACCAGACGAAACAUAGUCCUGGGAGUCAACUCAACUGAACUGUUUAAUGGGACAUGGUACAGCCAAUUUAUCCAAAACUUUCACCAAUGGGAAUACAGAACAGAUCGCAGAGAAAGAACUACAAAGCAACAAAGUGAUUACUUACACUAGUUACCACCUUCCCCUGUGCCAACACACCAUGACAACAAAAGGUUAUCUUGGUUGCACCCCCUGAUCCUUCAGAGCAAUCUCUGGUUACAUCAACACAGCCCUUUGAGGUGGUCACUCACAGUGCAGCAUUUACCAUGAUUAACACACAUAAUACAUUUCACACCUAAAUAUACUUUAUAGUUUAUAGAGCUGCUGCUCCCCCCCCCCACCCCCACAUUCACCAUCCAGUCAUACCCUAUACAGCAACCAACCAUAAUGGUUUACUGCAACCACUAUGCUACCACUUCAGUGAUUUUAAGAGGCUGUCAAAUGAAUAAUAAGUGUCGCAUUACCUCCUUGCUGCGCCGUGCACUGUGUGUUCCCAACACUUCCACUUUCAGCCUCCGGCGCUUCGAGCUCGUUGUGACGCCUUGUUCUAACAUUGCUGAAACGCUUACACGCUGCCUCUUUGUAUAUUUAAAGUUACAGGGCACCUUACGAUGUGUUGUUGUCAUAUGACAUCACACAUACCUGUUCCUCGUUCCUUGCCCUGUCCUGGAUUCCGUGUAACCGAGAGUGCAUUAUAUUGUUAUACUUAUUCUGUUUUCUGUCCUUGGCUUGUAUGACCAUUCUUACUUUCUGUAACCCUGACCUUGGCUUGUAUCUUAAUUCUGUGUACCUCUGUUAUCCCUGACCUCGGCUUGUUAACGUUAUUCUGACUUAUUUCUCAGUGCUUGCCCGGCCACUCUAAGGACCGGUACGCAUACCUACCUUGUUUCAACCUAGAUCUGUGUAUUAGGGUCAGUCCUGGCAAUAUUCACUUCUAUGACUUGUUUUACCUCUGGCACACAUGAUUUAGACCGCCUGGAGAAAUUUUGUGCAAAAAAAAUAACAUCUGUCAUCAGUGCACUGGCAACAUGCGUAAUGAUCUUCUCCAGCAUGUCUUGCUCUCCUCUCCCUCCAUUGCUGAAAUGGUCCAAUCAAAUGCUUCUCUAUGAAAAGCAUUUACUUUGCCAACGGAAGGGCAGUUAUAUUGUUGAAUGAAGGAGUGGAGAGCAGUGCCAUCUGCUUCACCCGGUGCUGGAUUUCAGGAAAGUUUAGUUUCUUUUCUUCAGGAUUUAAGAGGGGGGUAAGAAGCUUACGAAUGCCCAACAGAGCAUCGCAAGUUAAAAUAAAAAAUACAUGCAGUUCUGCAGAGACCAUAAAGUGGCUUAUAUUUCUUUACCACCUCUUUUCCAUUAGGUAGGACAAACCCAGUCUGGGACCACCCCCGACUUUAAAUCCAGUCAUGCUUUUUUCAUUUGGUGUUACACUUAAAGGGACACUCCACUGCCCAAAUACAAAAUAACGAAAAAUCACUGUUUAGUAGAUAUACCACAAAUGAAAAAGUGCAUGCAUUUUAGUAUGAAUUUUUUCAUUUGAAUUAUAUGUAAAAAUAGCUCUAAAAACUGCUGAUCUCUUGUCUGCUGCCUUUGCUUGACACAUACUGGUCUUGUCAGUUCAGAGGAGGAUACGGGGGUUGUUUUAGACAUAGUUUUGACCCCUAGUUAAAACCAGUGCUGUUGGUUCUUAGUCGUAGCAGGUCAUGAAAUUUACAAUCCGAAUCCUAAGCCCCCUAAACCUGCAAUGUAAGGGAGGUGUGGGGGACACUGCUGCUUCCUGCAUUAUAUUACAGCUAUUGCUACAAUUAUGUAUGCUGUGCUGUAAUGACACUAUCUGGCUGCACAGAGCUUUAAUCAAGCGGUACAGAAUGUCUAUGCUUGAAUGGUUGACCGAGCAUUCAUUGUAAUUCAUACCAGAAUGCUUUCCUCUUGGAACAGAUCAGAGAAAAUGCCAGGUGAGAAACAUGCAAAACUGCCAGUCCAGACACUGGAAAUGUAAUACAUUAUUUGCACAAUAUCCGCUUUUAUAUUUGCUUGACAGUCAGCCAGUAUAUUGUAUGGGUAAACGUUUUAACAUGUUAUGCAUGCUGGGCUGGAAGUGUACUUAAACAGGGGGAUAGUGCGAGUACUAAAAGUGGGGCUGGAAUAGGAACUGUAAGGCUAGGGAGGAUACUAGGAGGAUGAUAAUGGUACUAAUGAACGGUUCUGGGAAGGAUACUAGGAUUAUGAUAAUGGUACUAGUGAACAGUGCUGUGGAAUAUAUUUGAAGGAUGAUAAUGGUACUAGUGAAUGGUGCUUGGGGAGGAUACUAGUACCAUUGGUUUUGUAACAUUAUUUUGGUAUAAAUCCUAAAAAAUCUGGAUAUACUGUAACUAUUGCAAUUCUAAAACAUUUGAUCAAACCACAGUAACAAAGAGUUGAAAUAACUUUUGCAUGUUCAGUGCAUUCUGAUUUGAUUCUCCCACUUGUAACAGACCAACUAGUCACCUAGGACUGGUACUUGUCUCCCAAAUGCCACCUUGCUCCAAAAAUACUAUAAUCACCACUAUUUACAGUGAGGGGAAAAAAGUAUUUAAUCCCCUGCUGAGUUUGAAUGUUUGCCCACUGACAAAGAAAUGACCAGUCUAUAAUUUUAAUGGUAGGUGUAUUUUAACAAUGAGAGACAGAAUAACAAAAAAGAAAAUCCAGACAAACGCAUGUCAAAAAAGUUAUAAGUUGAUUUGCAUGUCAAUGUGUGAAAUAAGUAUUUGAUCCCACGCAAGAUUUCUGGCUCCCAGGUGUUUUUUAUACAGGUAACGAGCUGAGAUUAGGAGCACUGUCUUAAAGGGAGUGCUCCUAAUCUCAGCUCUUUACCUGUAUAAAAGACACCUGUCCACAGAAGCAAUCAGAUUCCAAACUCUCCACCAUGGCCAAGAUCAAAGUUCUUUAGUUGUCCAAGGAUGUCAGGGACAAAAUUGAAGACCUACACAAUACACACACUUGGUGAGAAGGUGACAACAGUUGGUGCGAUUUUUUGCAAAUGGAAGAAACACAAAAUGAUUGUCAGUCUUCCUCGGUCUGCUCCAUUCUCCAUGCAAGGUCUCACCUCGUGGAGUUUCAAUGAUCAUGAGAACGGUGAGGAAUCAGCCCAGAACUACACGGGAGGAUCUUGUUAAUGAUCUCAAGGCAGCUGAGACCAUAGUCAACAAGAAAACAAUUGGUAACACAAUACGCCGUGAAGGACUGAAAUCCUGCAGCGCCCGCAAGGUUCCCCUGCUCAAGAAAGCACAUGUACAGGCCUGUCUGAAGUUUGCCAAUGAACAUCUGAAUGAUUCAGAGGAGAACUGGGUGAAAGUGAGGUGGUCAGAUGAGACCAAAAUUGAUCUCUUUGGCAUCAACUCAACUCACUGUGUUUGGAGGACUGCUGCCUAUGACCCCAAGAACACCAUCCCCACCGUCAAACAUGGAGGUGAAAACAAUAUGUUUGGGGGUGUUUUUCUGCUAAGGGGACAGGGCAACUGCACUGCAUCAAAGGGACUAUAGGUGAUUCUGGGACCAAGAACGCCUUGUACCAUCAAAUCUUGGGUGAGAACCUCCUUCCCUCAGCCAGGGCAUUGAAAAUGUGUUGUAGAUGGGUAUUCCAGCAUGACAAUGACCCAAAACACACAGCCAAGGCAACAAAGGAGUGGCUCAAGAAGAAGCACAUUAAGGUCCUGGAGUGCGCUAGCCAGUCUUCAGACCUUAAUCCCAUAGAAAAUCUGUGGAGGGGACCUGAAGGUUCGAUUUGCCAAAAGUCAGCCACAAAGCCUUAAUGACUUGGAGAGGAUCUGCAAAGAGGAGUGGGACAAAAUCCCUCCUGAGAUGUGUGCAAACCUGGUGGCCAACUACAAGAAACGUCUGACCUCUUUGAUUGCCAACAAGGGUUUUGCAACCAAGUACUAAUUCGAAGGGGUCAAAUACUUAUUUCACUCAUUGACAUGCAAAUCAAUUUAUAACUUUUUUGUUUGUUUGUUAUUCUAUCUCUCACUGUUAAAAUACACCUACCAUUAAAAUUAUAGACUGAUCAUUUCUUUGUCAGUGGACAAACAUUCAAAAUCAGCAGGGGAUCAAAUACAUUUUUCCCUCCCUACCAUGCCUCCCAGCCCAGCACUUCUUUUCCGUGGCCCAGGAGUCCUCAUAGGCCAACAAGAAACCCACUGAGGGAAAGUGUGCCCGACUGGGAGCAACCCUCAAACUCUCUGAUCGGAUCGUGGAGUUGCCAUGAUACGGUAAAACCUUGACAAGGCGUUCUUUGUCCCAGAAUCACCUAUUAUGGCGCUUAUUGGAGGGGUGACAGAGGUGGUUGCGAGAUGAUGAACGACACCAAGGACUUGAGAUGAUUGCGAGAUGAUGAACGACACCAAGCUCCAUGUACCGGCCAAAAGAGUAAUGUGGAACCUUACAUUGGAUCAGAGGAUUGUCAUGGCAUGCUGAAAACUUCACCUUCCAUCUAACGUGGGCUAGACACCUCCGAUCUGAGCGUUUUUUGGACAGAGUGGGCGUUCAGAAAAGAGCUUCUCAGGGAUGGCCCUAUUAUGGGCAUGUUGGUACAGCCCCAGGUAUAAAAGUGUGACCAUUGUUCCAAUAAAUCAGUUCUUCACCCUUCACUAAGUCUCGGCUAGUGUUUAGGCGAGACAGCGAUACUACAACGGCAUUGAGCUAUAACCACUUUGAUAUACACUGCCUGGCCCCCCAAAAAAGUCACUACCAUAAAAAAAGGUCACACACUUUAUUAUUUUGGUGGACCGCCAUUAGCUUUGAUUAUGCCAUGCAUUCGCUGUGGCAUUGUUUUGAAAAGCUUCUGCAAUGUCACAAAAUUUAUUUCCGUCCCGUGUUGCAUUCAUUUUCCAGCAAAAAAUAUUAAUUUUAUUGAUGAUGGGAGAGUUGGACCACUGAGCAAAGUCUUCUCCAGCCCAUCCCAAAGAUUCUCAAUGGGGUUAAGGUCUGGAUUUCCUAUUGUACACAGUUGUGAAAUAUGUUGGCACUAUAUAAAUAAUUGUAAUUCUUCCUUUUGGUGUGUUACAUUAAUAGUGGAUUGUUACACCACUUUUUUCCUUAUUUGCACUAGUCCUAUAUUCAUUAAAUAUGUGGUACUAAUGAAAAUGUUUCCUUAAACAAGUUCUAUCUAUCCAUCUAUCUAUAUAUAUAUUUAUUUGAAGCACAUUAUAUUAUUGAAAUUUGUAUCUGUAUUACAGAACGGUUACCGCUUCACCGAAGAAAUCGAGUGCUUCAGAUGGGGGUAAGCCAUUCAGUUCAACAUGGAAAUGGACUAGGGCAGGGUUUCCCAAAGUGUGUGUCUCAGGGCAAUUCCCAGUGGGUCGCGCUGACACAUGCCUCCAGGGCCGCCGGAAACCUAACAGACAGGCAGGCAGACUAAUUAGUUGGGCCCUAGGUCUGUGACCGCGGGCCCGACACCAGUAGUCUCCAAUAGUCUGCCCAGCACCUCCGGUCUGCAGCUCCACCGGGUGCAAAGCUGAAGACCGUGUGAUAGAAGUCUCACGAGCACCCAGAGCAUUAACAUGGCAGCACUCUGGGAGCUUGCGAAACUUCUAUCACACGGUCUGCAGCUCUGCACCCUGCGGAGCUGCAGACCGGAGUGUUAACCCACCGGACCACCAGGGAGGAAACUGGACCACCAGGGAAUUUAAUAAAAGUAGGACACAGUGCCCCCCCGCACACCUCCCCACACUGUAACCCCUUCUCACCCUCCCCCCUUCUCACCCUGCCCCCUACCCCCACUGUAACCCCUUCUCUCCCUACCCCCCCUCCCCACACUGGAACCCCUUCUUAACCUGCCCCCCUCCCCACAGUGGAACCCCUCCUCAACCUGCCCCUCCCCACACUGGAACCCCUUCUCACCCUGCCCCAUCCCCACACUGGGCAGCGCCCAGUCUCUCCAUGCCCCCCUCACUGUAACCCAGUCUCUGCCCCCCUCCCCACUGUAACCCCUUCUCUUCCUGCUCCCCCAACACUGUAACCCCUCUCUCCUGCCCCCCCACCUGUAACCUCUUCUCCCUCCCCCCCUCCCCAACACUGUAACCCUUCUCUCCGUGCCCCCACCACACUGUAACUCCUCCUCACCUGGCCCCUACAAUAUAACCCCUUCUCACCUUGCCCCCCACACUGCACCCCUUCUCUUCUGCUUCCCCCACCUGUAACCCCCUCUCCCUGCCCCCGCUGUGCCUCUCUCCCUACCCCCUCCCCAACACUGUAACCCUUCUCUCCUGCCCCACCACACUGUAACUCCUCCUCACCUGGCCCCUACACUAUAGCCCCUUCUCACCUUGCCCCCACACUGUAACUCCUUCCUCUCUCGUACACUAAAACUCCUCCUCUCCGUGCCCCCCACACUGUAACUCCUUCUCUCCAUGCCCCCCCACACACUGUAACCCCUUUCUCCCUGACCCCCCCAUACUGUAUCCAUUUCUCACCAUACCCCCCAUGAUGUACCAGUUUUAUGCAUCUAAAACUGAUUGCCAUGGUGUGCCAAUUGUAUCCUCUAAAGCGGAUUGCCAUGGAGUUCAUUUUUAAAAUAUGCAUUAAAAGCAAGUGGUCUCAAAAUAUUACAGUUUUCAAAAGUGGGUCUCGGCCCAUAAACGUUUGGGAAGCCCUGGGCAAGUGUAUAAAUUACCACCAUUAUGUCCACCUCACCAUGAUAUUCAGGGCCAGAUUAAGAGCCCAGUGGGCCUGGUGCUGACAAUUAUGACGGGCCUAAUUACAGAAUCAUAUUGACCAAAAACAGUAAAACACUCCCAAGCAUCAUGUAUCUGAUGGAGAUGGUGCUGGAGAGAAAGAAAACAGCAGCUAUAAGAAAACACAUACCCUAGGCUAAUCUCUCUCUAAUUUAUGUUUUCAUCUUUCAAGUAAAUCCAUAACCCCUAACAGCAGUGUCCAGUCAAGCAGGAAGUCAAUGGGCAUGGUAAAAGGGUGUGCCACUGACACAAAUCACGUAACCUGCCAAAAGGGGCAAACAUGUCCAAAAAGAGGACAUGUCUGCUCAAAGAAUUAGAAGGCCAGCCUGGCAUGAAUGCAUGUCAGGCUGCCUACCAGUCAUUCAGGCUGGCCAACUUAGGGCAUACUAUGCAGACAGCACCCUGAGCUUGUCAUAAAUGCAUCUAAUGAUGCGCUCACUCAAUGCUUUCUAAGGACUGUCCCCUAGCACUCGCUGGUCCACUUGUCUCCUUACCAUCUUGCUAGCAGGCAGAAGCUCCUGGUAUAUGAUCUGGGACAGUGAAAAGCUGUAGGUAGUGAGUGUAGAAGAAAGGGAACAUGCCACAGUGUUAGAGAGACCAAAGUCAGCAUUACCUUAAAGGAUCCCUAUAGGGUCAGGAACACAAACAUGAAUUCAUGACCCUAUAGUGUUAACACCACCAUCUAGCCCCCCUGGGCCCCUCAUGCCUCCAUAAAUAUAGCAAAAUCCUACUAUAUUCAAGCCUGAAGCUGUAACUCUGCAUGCUGUUAGACUCAUAAAAACAAGCAGUCUGCUAACAUCAUAAGAAGUGGUGGCCUGAUCCAAUCACAGUGCUUCCCCAUAGGAUUGGCUGAGACUGACAAAGAGGCAGAUCAGGGUCAGAGCCAGCAUGAUUCAAACACAGCCCUGGCCAAUCAGCAUCUCCUUAUAUAGAUGAAUUUAAUUAAUGAAUCUCUAUGAGGAAAGUUCAGUGUCUGCAUGCAGACUGAAUGUUUGUGAUGCAUUUUAGGCAGCCAUGACCCAGGAAGGAUCUCUAACAGUCAUCUAAGGAGUGGCCAGUGAAGUUAUCUCUAGGAUGUAAUGUAAACACAGCAUUUUCUCUGAAAAGACCGUGCUUACAGCAAAAAGCCUGAUGGUAAUGAUUCUACUCACCAGAACAAAUUCAAUAAGCUGUAGUUGUUCUGGUGACUCUAGUGUCCCUUUAACUAUAUCCAUUGUCAACCAGUCCACACAAGUUUUGUUCCCAUACAUCCCUCUUAAGUUUCCAUACUUAAGUAAGAGUAUGUGAAAAGUAGUUAGGGUUGCCACCUUUCUUGGAAAAACAUACCAACCUUACUAAUUUGCAUAAUUAAAUAUGUGUGGGUGACGUCACUUGAUGUAAAUCACAAGGAGUGACAUAAGAGAAAAUGCUGUAAAAUCACCAAAAAAACUACUUAGUUUAAAUCUGCUGUAUAGAUGGAUUCUCCAGGUCUCAGUGUUCCUAUGUAUCAGUGUCUCAGUGCCCCAUGUCUCCCAGUGUCCCCUAGUGUCGUGUCCCCAGGUCUCCCAGUGAUCCCAUGUAUCAGUGUCUCAAUGCCCCAUGUCUCCCUGUGUCCCUAUGUAUCCCAGGGUCUCCAUGUCACUAGGACACUAGGAAGACGGGGAGACCUUUGGACACGUGGAGACCUAGGGACACGGAGACACCAGUGACACUGGGAGACUAGGGGACUCUGGCUGGGACACAUGGGGACAAUGGGAAAAUAGGGGACACUUGAAGACAUGGGGACACAGACACCAGGGACAAAGACAUUGGCUGGGGGACAAGGGGACAUUGAGACAUGGGGGCACUGGGAGACAUGGGGACACUGAGACACCAGGGCCACAGACACUAGGGACACUAGCAUGGGGACAUUGUGACACUUGAGGCACUGAGAGACAUGGAGGCACUAGGAGACAUGGGGACAGUGAGAUACUGGCAGACUGGGGGCACUAGGAAACUAGGGGGCACUGAGACACCAGGGACACUGGCUGGGAGACAUGAGGACACUGUGCUCCAUGUGUUUGUGUCAUAAUGUCUCCCAAUGUCUCUUAGUGUCUCUGUGUCCCCAUGUCUCCCUGCUGCCUUUCCCCCCAUCCCUUACUUCCCUGAGCUGUAGGCUGUCUCUGCAGGGUGGGAAUUGCUGUCUGGACUCUCUGUAGCUGCACCCCUGCAGAUCAGUGAGUAUAGAUAGGCAGGGAGGGAUAUGCUGGAACUUCCUAUCCCUGCCCGUCUCCACAUACAGCGACCCCUACUUGCAGAGUAAUCUCCAUUUAUACUGAGAAAAAUACCAACAUUUAUAUUGCCAGUAUCACUGCAAUAUUGGCACCAGCCAGGCAGCCUCAAAUACUGGCUGUGCCAAUAAAAUAAAAGCCAGGUGGAAUCCCUAAUCAAUGGGCCUAUUCCCUGGGCCUGGGCCUAGAGCUGUAGCUCCAUCAGCCCCUAUGUUAAUCCGGCCCUGAUGAUAUUAUUAGCUUUAUGAAUAUGCUGGUCUAUUAUGCUAGUAAAAAAAUAUUUCAUGCCUUACUCUGAACUUGAUUGAACUUGAUCAUAGGCCUGCCUGUGGAAACCUUGGUUUACUGCCUUCUCUUUGCUUACACAGAAGGUUGCUGGUAGAGUGAAUGCUUUCUGUCAGCUUUAGCAGGCAAUUACAGAGAUGUGAACACGUUCAGAGACUUCAGAUUUUUCACCCCUGUUAAUCUUGUCAGGAAGUGUGCAGGGAUACAAUGUGAUUUACAGGUAGGAGGUGUGCUAGAUAUGCAGAAAUAAAAGUAAUUUAAUCUAAAUGGCAGAGAAUUGAGCAAUAAGACUGCAAGUGCAUUCAUUAAAUUCGGGUGGUUUGGGGCUUUGAAUGAUCCUUUACAGGGCCGCCAAUAGAAAUUUGGGGCCCCUGACAAAGCAAAGGAUCUGGGCCCUCCCCGCCCGUCCUGCCCACGAGUCCGCCCACAGGACUCCUACCUAGUCCGCUGCAAAAGAUGCAGGACUGAAUGUGGUGUAUAUAGUGGAAGUGAAUUAGAAUGUGUGUAAUGGAUGUAGUGUUUGUGUGUAUUAGAUACUGUUUGUGCAGUGAAUGCAGAUGGUGUGUUUGUGUAGCGAACGCAGGGUGUGUUUGAGUAGUGGAUGUAGUGUUUGUGUGUACUAGAUGCAAUGUGUUUAGUGGAUGCAGUGUCUGUAGUGUGUUUAUUAGAUGCAGUGUCUCUGUAUAGUGAAUGCAGAGUGUUUGAAUGUGUGAUGGAUGUAGUGUGUGUACUGUUAAUACAGGAUGUUUGUGUAGUGGAUGCUGUGUGUAUAGUUAAUGCAGAGUGUGUGUCAGUGUAAUGAAUGCAGAGUGUGUGUCAGUGUAGUGAAUGCAGAGUGUGUGUGUGUUAGUGCAGUGAAUGCAGAGUGUGUGUCAGUGUAGUGAAUGCAGAGUGUGCGUCAGUGUAGUGAAUGCAGAGUGUGCGUCAGUGUAGUGAAUGCAGUGUGUGUUAGUGUAAUGAAUGCAGUGUGUCAGUGUAGUGUAUGCAGAGUGUGUUUUAGUGUAGUGUAUGCAGUGUGUGUCAGUGUAGUGAAUGCAGAGUGUGUGUGUUAGUGUAAUGAAUGCAGUGUGUCAGUGUAGUGUAUGCAGAGUGUGUUUUAGUGUAGUGAAUGCAGUGUGUGUGUCAGUGUAAUGAAUGCAGAUUGUGUCAGUGUAGUGAAUGCAGUGUGUGUGUCAGUGUAAUGAAUGCAGACUGUGUGUUAGUGCAGUGAAUGCAGUGUGUGUGUUAGUGUAAUGUAUGCAUGUAGUGUAAAUGGAGCAUUCUCCCCCCCCCCCCCAUUUUAAAAGUGAAAAAGGUUAUUCCCCCCUCCCUGGUUCUUACCUGAUUCAGGGAGGGGGGAGAUUACAUCCCUGGUGGUCCAGUGGCAUGGUGGGGCCCCCGGCUCCCUGUAUUUGCAGAGGGGACCCAGAAGACUGCAAGCUCUUCCCUCUCUGUAACUCCCGUGAGUGCGGUGUGCGUGCCGUGCGGAGCGUUGCCAUGGUAACCCAUGGCAAUGCUCUGACGGCCAUGGGUCUCGCGGGAGUUACAGGGAAGAGGGAAGAGCUUGUAAGUACACUUGCAGUCCGCAGGGCCCCCUCUGCAAAUACAGGGAGUCGGGGGGCCUGCGGCUGCACAUAUAUAUAGCGACCAUCGAUAUAUAUAUAUAUAUGUGCAGAGAGGCAAUGUGGGGCCUGGGACUGCCAAGGCUCAUGACAACUGUUAUGGUUGUCACACCCUGAAGGCGGUCCUGCAUGUGGCAGAGCUCCUGUGCUCUGAUCGAGUACCUCCACCCGUUUCACCUCCUAGUCGCUUGCCGGGAACCUGGAGCGCUUCAGGCCCAAUCGCCGAUGCUUGACUGGGGUCACUCUGGAGCUUUUAAAGCCGACCAGGCUGCAGCUCUCCUUCCAGGCAGGUAUCAUCCCUUCUGCUGGUAUGCAUCUCUGCCUGCAAUGUGCAGCUCUCAGGCCUGUCUCUCUUUGAUUUUCCCCAGGGCUAGAGAGAUCCUGCAGCCAGCCAACAGAUACGAUAACUUUGUGGCUGGGAUCCCUAAAAACCCACACAGGACACAGAGCUCCAAAAGGAACUAACAUGCAAAGCUUUAUUUUUACUUAUGACUAGCUCAUAUAUUCAUUACAUAAAGCUUAAAGUGACACACUCAAAUUCAUAAAACCAAAUCAUGUGGAGAAAUAUACAGGCACUAAAAAUAACACAAAUAUAUCAAUAAAAGCAGCAGGGAAGAUAAUAACUAACAUGAAAUAUCUCUCCUGUCUGCAGAAAGUAUAAUAUGCAAAUCUACCUAAAUAUGCAAAUUAACAAGCCUGGCUAUUCCGGUAGUGCACAUAGCUGUUGCUACCACCAGGUGGCGCUGUAGAGGCUCCAUAACCAAAUCCACCUAGUUGGUAGUAAGCAUCAGCAGGACAGGAGAGCACACAACAUCCAACAAUAAAACAACAAUACACAUCCUGCACCUAUAAUGGGCACAGGGUGGUUUAGAUAUAGGUGUAGUCCAGGGUCCUACAGGUGAUGGGGGACUACCAUCACAAGGGAGUUUUGCUAUUUAAUGCUGCCUGCUAAAACAGGAUACUGACAGUUUAAAACCCAUACUGGCCUCUAAUAUUUUCACCUAAAAAAAUCUAUCAAUGCGCUCUGCUUUCAUUUUGGUGGUCUGCCUUACUCUCUCUCUUUCGCUCAGUGGAAGUGCCAUGCAAAAUUAUAUUCUCUUUGCUCUAUUUCAGAUAAGUCAACUCUCACCAAACAUUCAUCCAAAAAGUCAACUCCUUAUCAGGAAAUGGACAAAGAACAUCAGAAGACAACUUCCCCCAUGAAACCCGCAGAUGGGUCACAGGUCAGGGCAACAUGCCUGGUACAAGGAGGAGAAAUGUCUUUACCUACACCAAGGAAUGGAAAUGCCAGUAAAGAGGGAAUUAAACCAAAGGAUAAGAUGCUACGUCCACGACCAGAGAGUACUGCUUCUGUGCCAGCUAAGUCAUUAACCAAGUCUGUGGACUCGGCUAAACCCACAAAAGUGUCACCUAAUAAACAACUUCAGACUCUACCUGCAUCAGCAAAACCAGUAAGCACUGCACAAUCAUCAGCAAAACCAGCUAAAACUGUAUCUGCUUCAGUUAAGCAAACAGACUCUCCAUCACCAGUGACAAAAUCUUCUGUGUUGGUUAAAUCGCCAAGAGCAGCAGCCUUGCAAACUAAACCAGCAAAAUCUCCCUCUAAUACGAUGAAACCAGGGAACCAUACUACUACUGUACCUGCUAAAACUACAAGAAUGACGUCUACACCAGGUAAACCAACAAAUGCAGUGUCUGUGCCAACUAAACCUGACAAAGCCUCUAAUAUGCCAGUAAAAUCAGCACCCGUGCCAACAAAACCUGACAAAACCCCAAGUACACCCAUAAAACCAGCAUCUGUGCCAACUAAAGCUGAUAAAAAUCAGUCCACACCAGUAAAGUCAACCAGCAAAGCAUCUCUGACAAGUAAACCAUCACAUUCAGGAUCUCAGAAGUCAAGUAAACCAGUGAAAACGACAUCUGUUCAAGUUAAACCAUUAACCACCGCUUCCAUGACUGUUAAACCAGAAGAGAAUCAAUCUGUAAAAUCCCCAGAACUGGAAGAUAUGCCUCAAGAAGUCACAAGCUUUGUAGAAGCACCAAUACACAGUCUAGAGGAAUCUGAGACAAACAUAACUACAUCUGAACUAGAAACCACUGAGACUGCAACUGUGAAACUGAUAACCACUAAGACAUUAACUGCCGAGAUUUCAGUGGAACCUCCACUUGUAAUGGAAACUGUUCAGCCACUAGAUGAACCAAUAUUGUGCCAUGCAGAACCGUGUAUAUCUCCAGUUGAACUUACAAAAACAUUUUCUGGACCAAUCCAUUUACCAAGUGAACAUGAAUGCAUGAAACUAGAACAAAUGAAUAAUUCCACUAAACAAAUUAUGUCAACCAUGACUAGUGCAGAACAAUCAGCUAAGGAAGUGAAUGAUCAAUUAAAUUGUCCAAAGAACACCAUAACCUCGGUAGAUGAGCUAAUAACACCAUCAGUGGACUUAAAAGUAGGAAUAGUAGCAGGAGAACCAUUAACACAGCUCAUAGAAACUUCAAAUGAAACUGUGAAAUCUUUGUUGGAACCAACACAUUCUUCCGUAAAAACAAUGGAUGCUGUUGAGAAAGAACAGUUAGAAGGCUCACAACAGGUCUUGCCACCAGAUCAUCAUUCUGAGGUCCAUUCAGGUGAGCUUACAAAAGUGUGUCUUCAAGUUUCUAUAGAACCACGGUUGUCUACAGAGGAGGGGGAGGGAGAGCCUUGGGUACUGGUGCAAAGGGAGGAGCUAGCUGACUACAAAGAAGAGGAAACAGAAGAAAAACCCCAAAGACCAGUCAGCCUGAACCAAGAGGGUGAAGAAGAUGACGAUGAGGAAGAAGGGAAGGGAGGUGAGGAGGGUGAAACCUCACGGUGCAGCACUCUAAGUGACCCCCAGCUUGCAGGACAGAGCAGUAGUGAGACUAGUACUCCUGAAGAACUGAGGACUUAUGAGGACUCUAGCUCUGGAGUGGAAUCCCACUCUGAUGAUGUUGCCACAUCUCCACCAACAACGCUUACACCUGACCCUGAUUUGGGCAUCCACAUGGGGCAGGAGGAGGGAGGGGAGACUCCAGCAGGAACCCCUGCUCCAAAGGGCAAAGGGACACUCCAUCCUCUCCGAGAUGCAGAUAAUGGGGAUCUGUCUCAAGGGCCAGCUCCAACUGGGGUCCUUGACCAUUCAGAGAGUGGCCCAGGAGGAUGUAAAAUGGAGAUGACUGGUUUUAACUGCUCACAGGAUUCAACGGGGGCAAGAGGUCAGGAGCAGGAGGAGAAAGCAGGGGCAGGAAGCAUCCAGAGAGGUAAUGACUAAUUGGGCUAAAACAAAAAUGUGAAUGAUCUGCCAGGCUAACAAUCCCUCAUUUAAUUUGAUCAAAUGGGAACAUGUGUGACUGACAGUUUUGGAUAUUCUCUAUGUUUUGACAUGACAGGGUUUAACAUGUUUGAAUGGCAGAUGGUUGGGCAACUGAACUCUGCUACUCAAACAGUUAAUGUAGGCUUGCAGAAUAGAUGACAAAGGAAAUAGUUAAUAUAGUAAUACCUUACAAGACAAAAAAUAAUUUAAAAUCAAAACACAUCUGGGACCAUCAAUACCACCUCAUAUGUCUUUCAACCUCUUUGUUUGCAUUCUUCAUUUUCUUAACUUCCUGGGUGUAGCGUUGUGAGCCACUAUCAGUUCUCUUUCUUUUCUAUCCAACUCCUGUACCUCAUAACGUGUCUGCAACUUUCUCUAUCAAAGAUGUGAUUUUUUUUUUUUUGGUUUUUGUUUGUUUUGGUUUUAAUGUUCUAAUAAACUUUAUUUUCUACAACCUGUGAUCUCUGUUAUUAUUUAUGCAUGUGUCAUAUGAGGAUGUUACAUGUUUAAGUCACUCAUUUGUGUUACCUGUGUGCUUUUGGUGCCAUAGUGUAUGUAGCCUGUGUCUGUGUGCUCUGCAACAUUCAUAUCAACAACCCUGUUAUGUGGUGCUUGCAUUUGUUCUUCAAAUCAUGACUGGAUGGUUCUUUUACAUUUUAUGUGUUCUAUUUCAUAUUUUUAUAACUUCCGUGUGUUUUAUUCAGUUGUGAGGUUGAAAAGAAGUAGCAUGUGGUAUUGACACACUCUCACAUGGUUUGUCUGAGUAUUACUGUGUGUUAACUAGCUUGUAGGUACAUUCAUUUCCAUACCACUGUUUGAAAACCAAUGUCGUCAAACGAGUUAUGUGUGUACUGUAUAGAUCAGGGGUAGGCAACCUUUUAGCAGCACAGUGCCGAUAUAGGAUUGUGAUGUCCCUUAGCGUGCCAAUCCUAUUUUUUUUUUUAAAUUGAGGUGUGUAUGCCGCCGUAUUCUGCUUGUUUUUACUGUAAUUGCUUUGUAUCGUUGUAUUUGUGCGUAUAGGAGCUAUUAUAUUGUAUAUGUUCAUUAGUACUUUAUGGUAUCGUGUAUGAUACCUAUGAAUGUGGGCUGUGUAUGAGGGCUGCUUGUGGAAUUGUGUGUGGAUGGAAAUGUCACCUUGUGUGUUUAGUAGUGUGUGGGGGCUGUUUGGGGUAUUGCAUGUGAGAGGCUGCAUGUGGGGUUGUGUGCAUGUAUGUGGACUUUUAGUGGGUUACGUUUGUGCGGAUUGUGUGUAUGGGCUGUUCAUAUUAUUUGUAUGAAGGGAGGGUUAUUCUGCAUUUCUGUGUCUAUCUAGCAGUAUGGGUGGCUUCCCUAGGUUCCAGUGGGGACUAGGCUGGCCAGGUAUAGCUCAAGUAUAGGAGCUGCAACAGCAGCUGCGAGCUGCUCUACCACAGUGUGGAUUCCCAUUCACAAGUGCUGGGAGGAAGUGAUCUGAGAUCACUUCCUCUACGUUCUGCAAUGCAUAAAUUGAGGAUUGUCCUUCACCACCUCUUCGUAUUAGCAGAUAUCUGAAGUUUCACUGGGACUCCUGAUAGGACAGAGCCUGUUUGGCUCUAGCAGCCUUGAGUGCCGUAGGUUGCCUACCCCUGGUAUAGAUAUUUCCUGACAUUUCCAGCCUUUCGAGAAAUCUUUGCAGUUAUAUCUCCAACUGCAGAAUCUCGGAGUUAGAGGUUCAGUUCCUGGUAUGAGCAGCACAGACUUUCUUUCGAGGCUGAUAAAAUGAGUAUAACUAGGUGAUUACAGGUCUAAAUAGUAGCUUGUGAGGUUUCUGCCCACAAGGUAAACUCUGGUGAAUGAGAAAGGUAAAAUACAAGAUACAGAUAACGAGGUAAAAAACAAAACUGUAUAGACUCAAGAGUGCUGAAAAUGUGUGUUGGUUCAUACAGUACCCUAGUAUGGUGCUAACAAGAGUAAGAAUUCAAGAGAAGUUAUAGUGCAAUUUUCUAUUCAGUGUUGCCACUAACACACAUACAAGUUACAUUUUAAGCACUAUAACCACUACUACUCUAGUGGCUAUUGUGCCAGGAAUGCCCUCACCCGGUCUCAUGAUAAGUAGUGUUAUUUUAGUACGGUAUAGCAACUUACCUGGGCCUUGCUGGGUUCCUGCAAAAAGGCAGUGUUUACAUGAAAAUGUCUACAAGGACAGAGAGUAGACACCAGAAAAAAAAACAAGUUCUUGUGAUUAUAGGGUCUCUUUAAGCUAAAGCUGUUAUAGUGCUUAUAGUAAAUUCCGCCAAUUCUUUUUCACUAUCAGAGAAAGCUGCCACUAGUGAGCAGAGGCGGCUCUCUAAUUAGGCGGUUUAGGCGGCCGCCUAAGGCCUCGCGCUGUGUGGGGCCUAGCGGCCGCCUAAACCGCCAUAGGGCAGACUGACAUGUCGGGUCCUUGAGGACCCGACACAGGAGGGGACCCGGCGGCUUGCCCUGUAUGCCGCCAGGUGCGAGGCCCCUACUGUCAGUCUGCCCGGGAGAGCCAGCCUUCAGUCUGCAGCUCCGCCGGGUGUGAGUUGCAGACUGAAGUGUCUUGCGAUCUCCAGCCAAUCAGAGCGUUGCUGCGGGUUACCACGGCAACGCUCUGACUGGAAAUCGCGAGACAUUCACCAUGUGGUCUGCAGCUCUGCAUCCCCUCACCCUGUCACCCCAUCUGCCACCCCACCUGUCACCUUGCCACCCCCUCACCCUGUCACCCCAUCUGCCACCCCACCUGUCACCCUGCCACCCCACCUGUCACCCCAUUUGUCACCCUGCCACCCCAACUAUUACCCCACCUGUCACCCUGCCACCCCUCCUGUCACCCCACCUGUCACCCUGCCACCCCACCUGUCACCCCAUCUGUCACCCUGCCACUCCCACCCACACCCCACCUGUCACCCCUACACCCCCUCCUUGUCACCCCCACCCAUCACACCCCAAGCACCCCUCCUGUCACCCUCACCCCUGUCACCCCAUCUGUCAACACCCUACCACCCCUCACCCCACUCUCCCAGCCACCUCAUCCACACCCUGUCACCCCACCCCACCUGUCACCCCCUAACCCCCCAGCACCCUGUCUCCUGCCACUUACCUGUCAUCACCCUCACCCCAAACACCCCACCUGUCACCCCCCUGCCACCCUACCUGUCACACCCUGUCACCUCCCUCUCACCCUGUCACCCCACCUCUCAUUCUGUCAUCCCCCUUCCACCCCACCACCCAGUUGCCCUCCCCUACCCCUUCCACCUAACCUGUCACCCUCUCACCCUGCCACCCCACCGUAUCCCCCUCACUCCUGCCACCCCCAUCUGUCUCACCCUGUCACCCCCCUCACUUUGUCACCCCCUCUCACCCUGCCAUCCCACCUGUCACCUCUUCUCACCCCACCUGUCACCCCCCUCACCCCACCUCCAACUCUUUCACCCACACUCACCCUGUCACUCCCUCACCACCUGUCACCCUGCCAUCCCACCUGUCACCUCCCUCUCACCAUGCCACCCCACGUCACCCCUGUCACCACUUCUAACCCCACCUGUCACCACCUCUUACCCUGCCACCCCACUUCUCACUCUGUCACCUCGGGUCCUCCUCUCGGUUACCACGGCAACGCUCCAAAUCUCGCGAGAGUGAACUCUCCCCACUGGGACCACCAGGGAAUCACCACUGGACCACAAGGAAAACGUCCCCCCUCCCCCCAAGUAAAGGUAAGAAGGGAGGGGGGACAUAGAGUAUAUAUUUUAAUUAAAUUAAUGUGUGUGUGUAUAUAUAUAUAUAUAUUAUAUAAAAAAAAAGCCCCCCUACCCUUAUCUCACACACACACACACUCUACACACAUACACUGCCCCACAUCCACACACACUGCCCCCCAUACACACACAUACCGCCCCCCAUGCACACACACUGCUCCCCAUUCACACACUGCUUCCCAUACUGCCCCCCAUACACACAUACUGCUCCCCAUGCACACACACUCUACACACAUACACUACCCAAUACAUACACACACACUGCCCUCAUACACUGCCGCCCCAUACACACACAUCACCCACACUCACACAUACACUGCAACUGUUACACACACAUACUGUCCCAAACAUACACUGCCGCCCUCACACACACUACAACCUUCACACACACACACUGCUCACACACUGUCCCCCUCUCUCUCACACACACACACACACUGCACCCCUUACACAUUGCACCACUCACACACACCACUGCUCCCAUGCCCUACUACUGCCCCAUUUCCCAGCAGACCUUAGGUAAAUUGUCAAACUGUUCUUAAACAGUUUGACUACUUACUCUGGGAGGGGGUCCCGGCACUAUUGACACCAUAACCACUACACUGAGCUUUAGUGGUUAUUGUGUCUGGAUUAUUUCUUUAAAUAAUCUACAAGUGAACCUCCCGAGAUCAGGCUCUGGAUCCGCCACUGUCUCACAGUAGGUCUCCCUUCUCUCACACUAGGUCUCCCCCCUCACACCCCUCUCAAACUAUGCCACCCCUUCACACUGUCACCCCCCUACAUUAUGUCACCCUCCCUCACACACUAGGUCUCCCCCCCUCACACACUAGGUCACACCCUGUCACCCUCCUCUCACCCUGUCACCCACUCUUACUCUGUCACCCACCCUGUGACCCCCCAAACUGUCACCCACCCGUACUCUGCCACCUCACUCUGUCGCUCCCUACACACUAGGUCACCCCACCUCACACUUUCACCCCCUCACACUAUGUCACCCCUCUUAUUCUGCCACACUCUGUCACCCUCCCUCUCAUUAUGUCACCCCCCUCUUACUCUGACACCCCCCCUCUUACUCUGUUACCCACCUUCACUAUGUCAUGCUUCCUCUCACUCUGUCACCCCCCUUACACUAAUGUAACCCUCUCUCACUAUGUCACCCCCUCUCACACUAGGUCUCACCCUCUCACACGGUCACACCCCUUCUCACCCUGUCACCCCCUCUUACUCUGUCACUCACCCUGUGAGCCCCCACACUGUCACCCACCCGUACUCUGUCACCUCACUCUGUCGCUCCCCACACACUAGGUCACCCCACCUCACACUUCACCCCCUCACACUAUGUCACCCCCUCUUAUUCUGUCACCCUCCCUCUCACUCUGUCACCCCCAUCACACUAUGUCACCCACCCUCUUACUCUGACACUCCCCUCUUACUCUGUUACCCACCUUCACUAUGUCACCCUUCCUCUCACUUUAUCACACCCCUUACACUAAUGUAACUCUCACACUCUGUCACCACCCCUCACACUCUGUCACCACCCCUCACACUGUGUCAUUUUCCACACACACUCUGACACCCCUCUCGGCGCACACUGACACCCCACUCGGCGCACACUGUCACCCCUCCAUACACAUUGUCACCCCCCUCCAUACACACUGUCUCUCCCUCCAAACACACAGGCACCUCCCUUCAUUCUCAUUGUCAACCCUCAACACUCUGGCACCCACCUCCAUACACUCUGGUACCCUCCUGCUCUUUUACACUCACCCUGCCCCAGUUACCCCUUUAUUCACCCUGCCACCCCCUGAAGGCAAUAAUUAUACACACGGUUAUAAAACAUAGCUUCGCCAUAAACUCAGUGCAAAAGGCCACAGGCAGUACACAAACAUACACAUGCUCAGAGAAACAUACAUAUAUACACAAGGAUCCUCACUGCCAGACACACACAGGUAGACAAUGCAACGAUGUAUACAAAGACUAGCUCACUAUAUACAGAGCUGCAAGCUCCCCUUCAAUAUAUCUACAGCUUCUUAUACACACACAAAUCAACUGCUAUUUUUUUUCAAUAAUAGUGUUAGUGGGGGCCUCAUGUAUGAGUUUCGCCUAAGGCCUCAGCAAGUCUAGAGCCGCCACUGCUAGUGAGUAUAAUGCUAUGCAUAUUUAUGCUUUGAAUGAUGUUUAAACUGCAUCCAAAAACAUUACAAACCAAAAACUUGCAUCUUUUGUGGCAGAUUCACUUUUAUGGCUUAAACCUUUGAGUCCCAAUGGGUGACAAAUAUGUUAAACAACAUCAGUGAUUUGAUAAACUAUAAAUUUUAUAUAUGUGGGAUGGUGCGGCAGAGUGAGCUUUUCAAUUCAAUAUGUUGAAAUCGAACACACAAACCUGCCUGCAAAAAGAAAUACAUUGGAAAUUAAAAUGUAUUCAUUUAGUGUUGCCAGCUCAGCUUUGCUAGACAAGAAGUCUAGUUGGCACUUUCCACAACUUGUAUCUUUGUGGAAUCACAAAAUGGCACUACAACCACCAUGAGAACAUCGGUAUAAUGAGUCAGAAUAGGAUGCUACCACCUUGAGUGUGAGGUCAAAAUGUGACACCAUGAGUUGACGCUGGUUGGUGAGGGUAGUGUAUGGGGUCAGACCAUGGUGUGUGGACCUCAUUUGAGAUCAUGUUGUGAGAGCCAUACUCAGUACCAAGAGUGUGCUGUGGCAUGUGAGGACAAAGUAUGAAUGCAAAUUUAGCGGAACAUAGAAUGAGCAAAGGUAAGAAUGCACUAUAUAUAUAUAUAUACACACAUAUAUAUAUAUAUAUUUGGGAUUAUAAAAUGUAAACUUCUCUUAUUAAUCCCUUAGUGACCAUACCGCUUUUCAAUUUUCUUACCGUUUGGAACCAGGGCUGUUUUUACUGCAGUGUUUGUGUUUAGCUGUAAUUUUCCUCUUCCUCAUUUGCUGUACCCACACAUAUUAUAUAAAGUUUUUUUUGCCAUUAAAUGGUCUUUCUAAAGAGAUACUAUUAUUUUCAUCAUAUAAUUUACUAUAAAGAAAAAAUAAAAAGUUGAUGAAAAAAAUGUUUAAAAAAAACAAACAAAAAAAAAACACACUUUUUCUAACUUUGACCCCCAAAAUCUGUUACGCAUCUACAACCGCCAAAAAACACCCGUGCUAAGUUUCUACAUUUUGGCCUGAGUUUAGAAAUAUCCAAUGUUAACAUGUUCUUAGGAUUUUUUUUUGCAAGUUAUAGGGCUGUAGGUACAAGUAGGACAUUGCUAUUUCCAAACCAUUUUUAUUUUUUUUCAAAAUUAUCCCAAGUUACUUUGUAACACUGAUAUCUGUCAGGAAUCCCUGAUUAACCCUUCAUAUGUAUAUAUUUUUUAUAAGAAGUAUUAAACCUGGGGUGUUUUGACUCUUUCCAUGCAACCAUUUUACCACCAAUCUAUUCCAAAAAAGAAAAGAAUUGGUGAUUUUUUUGACACACAUAGCAAUUUAACCCCCUUAACGACACAUGACAUGUGUGACAUGUCAUGAUUCCCUUUUAUUCCAGAAGUUUGGUCCUUAAGGGGUUAAGAAUACAUGUACUGAGAACUAAGGGUUACUGCCAAAGAACACCCCCAGCAACAUCUCCUGAGUACAGUGAUACCACCAGGGCAGCCAUCAGAAAUUUUGGGACCCCUAACACAGCUCAAGGUCUGGGCCCCCGGGUGUCCGCCGCGAAAUCCCGCCCACAGGAAUACACACACAGACAAGCAGAUAAAAAUACUGAAACAGACAUACACACAUGCAGGCAUACUGACACACACAUGCAUAAGGAGAUACAGAUACACACACACACACACUGGCAUACAUACUCACAUACACACAUACUGACAGACAUACACACACACUUACAUACUGAUAUAUACAUACAUAUAUACUGGCAUGCAGACAUACAUACUGACAGACAUACAGGCAUACAUACAUGCAUACAGGCAAACAUACACACACAAGUUUUCAGCCACCCUCCUCUUCCUUACCUUUGCAUUGCAGGAGGGUGAUGGGCGUCGGCUGCCUCUCCUCUCGGCAUUCAGGCUGCGUCCUCCUUCCCACGCGGAGUAAGCUGGGAGGAAGUGACCGGCCGUCACUUCCUCCCAGCAGCAAUUGCGUUACGGCUGCAUUUUUGUUUUGUUAAAAAGGGGCCCGGUCACGCUAUUACAGCGCUGACUGGGCCCCUGAAGAUAAUAGGACCCAUUGGGUGGCCCCAAAUGCUUGGGCCACCUGAUGGGCCCCAUUAGCGUGUGGGCCCCGGUGCAGAUGCAGGCCCUCUAUGUAUAGGUGUGUCGGGUUCUCUGGGGGCUAAAAGACCUUAUUUGGAGGGUGCGCAUUCCAGUUUUCCAACUUGGAAUUUUCACAGCUGGUCAUCAUGCACCCAUGUCCUAUUUGGGACAUUUUUAAAGCCGACCAAUGUAAUUUACCCCCAUCAAACCAUAUAUUUUUUAAAAGUAGACAACACUGGGUAUUCGAUAUGGGGUAGGUGUAGUCUUUUUUGAUAGCCACUUACCGUAUAUACUCGAGUAUAAGUCGAGUUUUUCAGCACAUUUUUUGUGCUGAAAAAGCCCCACUCGACUUAUACUCGAGUAACUGUCUGUAUUAUGGCAACUUACAAUGCCAUAAUACAGACCAGGACCGCCAGGCUCAUUACAAGCCUGGCGGUCCUGUUGGGGGCCGGCAGGAAGCGUUUACUUACCUUUCCUGCAGCUCCUGUCAGCUCCCACUGUAAGUCUCGUGAGACCCGCGGCCGUCAGAGCGCGAGACUUAAAGUUAACAAGCAGGGAGGGGGGACAGAAAAAAUAAAAAUAAUAAAAAAAAAAGGUUUUUAAAUAUUAAAAUAAAAUAAAAAUUAAAAUUGCCCUCCCCCCACCCAGUUCACACACACUCUGCAUUAUAUACACAGAUACACUCACACUCUGCAUUAUAUACACACACACUCUGCAUUAUACACACAGAGUGUGUGUGUUUGUAUGAGUGUGUGUGUAUAUAAAGCAGAGUGUGUGUUUGUAUGAGUGUGUGUGUAUAUAAUGCAGAGUGUGUGUUUAUAUGAGUGUGUGUGUAUAUAAUUAUAAAAAUCACAGAAUUUCAUAGCCCCAAGUUUUACCCUCGACUUAUCCACACGGCAUAGCAUAUUUCACAAUUGUUGGUCACAAAACUGCACUUGACUUAUACACAAGUAUUUACUGUAGUCACAAACACUGGCCAAAGUAAGCAUUUAUAUUUGUUUGUAUGUUAAAAAUGCAAAAAACUAUUAUGAAUGCUAACUUUGGCCACUGUUUGUGACUAAGUGGCUACUAAAAAAGACUAUACAUACCCCAUUUGCAAUACCUUGGGUUGUCUUCUUUUGCAAAUGGUAUGCCAUCAUGGGGGUAAUUCUCAUUCCUGGACAACAUAACCAAUCUGGCAAAUUUCAAUGUGAAAAAAACGGCCUUAGAUUUGACCGUGUAACUUUCAAAAACACUAUAAAACCUGUACAUAGGAGGGUACUGUUAUACUCAGUAGACUUCGCUGAACACAAAUAUUAGUGUUUCAAAACUGUAAAACAUAUCACAAUAAUGAGAUCAUUAGUGAAAGUGCCGUUUGUGUGUAAAAAUGCAAAAAACAUCCCUUUUACUGACAAUAUCAACGCUGUGAUAUGUUUCAAAACACUAAUAUUUCUGUUCAGCAAAGUCUACAAAGUAAAACAGACCCCCCCCCCAUGUACAGGUUUUAGGGUGUCUUGAAAAGUUACAGGGUUAAAUACAAUGCUAGCAAAUUAAAUUAUCUGGACUUUUGGCCUCAGUUGUCAGGCAGGUCCCCCAAAUUGCAAUAAAAUAACUUAAUUAUGUAAAAAUAUUACAUAAAUAUGUAUGUAGAAUUUAAAUAUAUAUACAUAUUUAUAUAUUUGAAGUCUACAUGUUUAAGAAAUGAUUUAUGUUAUGUAUGUGGACAUACGCAUAUUUUGUAUUUUUGAUUAUAUAUACAUAUAAUUUAAUUCCAAGUGUAUUUUGAUAUAAAUAUAUAUUAAUAUCAAAAUACAGUUAUAAUAAAAUUGCAUUAUAAAAAAAUAUUCUUAAAUUUUUAAAUGUAUUUUAAAUUAAUUAUUAAUUUUUUAUAAUAUAUAUACAUAUAUAUAUAUAUAUACACACACACACACACCAGUGUAUAAUUUUACUCUAAGUGUAUUUUUAUAUUACUAUAUACAUAUAUAAAUAAAAAAAUACACUUAGUAUUACUAUAUAUAUAUAUAUUAUAUAUAGUGUGCUCCCUGGAUUACAAAGGUUGGAUAUAUAUAACGCGGGUUUGCACCUGGGCAUUUAUACUAUAUAUGUAUGAAGGAGGAGUGCCUUGCCUUACUGAUGUUUUUGAUUUAUGUAAAGUGCUAGCGUGGCACUUGCAUGAGCACCCCCUUAUCUUUGAAUAUAAGUCUUAUCAUCUAAACAGUGAUCCACAGCUAUCAGGAUUGUUUUUCAUUAUGGAGGAUUUUUUGCAUCGAGCUGGAGCAUUAGCAGAGACAGCAGAAACUCUUUCUAUCACUGAGGAAAAAGCUUUAUCUGUGCUAUGGCCACGGAGUUCACAAGAUUUACCACAUACUUAUGCAGCAAAAGAUCUAUAUAAUGAUUUAUCCAGGCUAAAGAAGAGAGAAGUAGACCUGGAUUUACACGGAGUGUUUUUGUCAGACUAUUAUCGAUCGAAACAUAUCCCAAGGGGUUUCCGGAUUAAAAAUGCCCCAACUAUUGGACGACAGAAUCCGGACUUCUGUAAGAAGUGGAUGAACAUUUCCAAUAAAUGUUCGCUGGACUGGAUGGUGAUAGUGAUUGAGGAAGUUGGUCAGGAAUUACUCCAUGUUAAAAAAUCGAUACAGGAGUUUGAAUUAAAUCAUGUUACUGCACUGCAAUCAACCCCAUCCACUGACUUUAUGAUAAAAUUACAGGAUGAUAUCCAAAAAUAUCAGAAUGAACUUAUUCGUUUUAAGAAAAUCAAAGUAGAAAAAGUUAAUCAUGACUACAAAUUUCAUCAAGUUUACCGCUGGUUAAGUGGGUCUGAUACCAACACACGGAACCCUACCCCGAAAUUUAGAACACGGAUUAGAAAACCAUCUUUACAAACAGUGGAUAUCAGCUCAGGCGAAUCUGCCUCAGAAGGGGACAACAGGGGUGAUACACAUAGCAGCAAACAGGUGACUUUUUUGAGGGAAGGCGAACAUCUAAACGACCCACCACGGAUGCCCAAUACCGGUGGACAAGAGAAAAGAGACCUAAGAGACACCUUAGACGUGGACAAAAGGGUCACAAGAAAUACAGGACACAUGGGCAAACCUCCCAGACAGCGGAGGUAAUAUCUAUUUUCAACCUUUCUAAUAAAAUUCUUGACUACAACCAUAUUUCGGUCCUACAAAAGGGAUUGACCUUCAUACCCGUAGCUAAGCCUAAAAAGUUCGAGAUGGCGAUUGAUUUGUAUAAAUUACAAAGAACACUAUACAGCUAUGAGGUAAGAAAAGAAGAUACUUCUUUAAAUGUGCACAUGUUUCCCAACCGCUAUAAAAAAGAUGUAUAUACCCCUAAUCCAUCAAUAAAAACCUUUAUGCAAACCAUACGCCAAGAUGCUAGUUCCAUUGUAGCCACUCUGCCUACACAUAGAGACAACCUGUCAAAAAAUGAACGUUUAGCAUUAAAAGACUUGAUGCAAGACUCUACCAUUACCAUACGUCCUGCGGAUAAAGGAGGAGCCGUAGUAAUACAAGCAUAUGUUGAUUAUAAGAAAGAAAUAAUUCGACAAUUACAGGAUUCAUCUACCUAUUUGAAACUCACCUUCGACCCGGUGACAAAAUUUCAGCGGAGGAUAGAGCAAUUGAUUGGUGAAGGAAUUUCACAUCGUUACCUGGAUGAAAAUACUGCUAAGUUUUUAUUUGUUAAAAAUCCGAAACAUCCAGUGAUGUAUACUUUACCAAAAAUCCAUAAAAAUUUGCAACAUCCACCAGGUCGUCCUAUUGUAUCGGCUAAAGAGGGAUUGCUGGAGCCGAUUGCCCAGUUUAUUGAUUACCACAUUAACAACAGUGUUAAAAAGCUCCCGACUUGCUUAAGGGAUACACAACACCUCAUAAGCCAGAUACAAAAGAUAGACCUUACAGACAAAGAGAUAAUUCUAGCCACAAUGGAUGUUCAAAGUCUUUACACCAUAAUACCGAAAAAGGAAGGAACUGAGGCUAUCAUUGAUAUUCUGACAAAUGACGAUAUGUAUAACGGUCCACCUAUUCCAUAUCUUAUGGAAUGGCUAGAUCUUGCAUUAACGUGCAAUUACUUUAAGUUCGAGGAUCAAUUCUACCUACAAGUCUCCGGUACUGCCAUGGGUGCAGCCAUGGCACCAGCCUAUGCCAAUGGGUUUAUGCACUGGUUCGAGCAUAAAGAUAUUUUACGUGAGUACCAACAGUACAUAAUUAAAUAUCUCAGAUAUGUGGAUGACAUCUUUAUGAUCUGGGAAGGAACAUCUACUGCACUCGAGGAGAUGAUAAAGUACAUUAACGAUCUCCCUAUUCCAGUAGUGCUGACACUCUCUUGGCACAGCACUAGUAUCGAGUUUUUGGAUGUCAAGAUCUAUAAGGAAGGCAAUCAAUUACUGUUUACAUUAUUCCGCAAACCCACUGACCGCAAUACACUAUUGGCUGCUACUAGUUUCCACCCACAACAUGUGAAGGACUCUUUACCUGUCUCACAAUUUUUGAGAGUCAUGAGAUACAACAGUGAUCCAAAUAGACGCGAUCAGCAGCUCCAAGAAGUGUGGGACAGAUUUAUAACAAGAGGAUACCAUUCUCGCAUUCUGAAGAAUGCAAAAGAAAAAGCGUGGACCAAAUUCAACCAAACUGAAGAACCCCAAUCUAAUAAAAAGAAGAAUAUAUUUCUUCCGCUUACCUUUAACACAGCUACCCCAUUAAUUAAAAAAAUCUAUAUAUAGACAUUGGGAUAUUUUUCAGUGCGAUCAGAACCUUCCUGACAGAUUCAAAGUACACCCUACUAUCAGCUACAGACGCAACCGUAAUUUGAGAGACCUGUUGGUAAAAAAUGACCCUCGACAAUGUUACGCUGCACCACCAAAAAUUCAUAAAAAAGGCUGUUAUAGAUGCAGUGGCUGCGUCACAUGCAGUCAUAUGCUAAUUGGACAGACAUUUGCCCACCCGCAUAAUGGAAAAAGAAUUCCUAUUAAACACUAUAUUUCUUGUAUGACCACACACGUCAUAUAUAUGAUUACAUGUCCCUGUGGACUUGCAUAUGUCGGUAAGACCGACAUGACUUUGCGAGAUCGGAUUAGGGGACAUCGGUCGGGGAUUCUUACUGCAUUUAGGGACCAAAGAACGGACAAACCGGUCGCAAAACACUUUCUUGCGAUGCAACAUCAUUUACCAACUUUAAGGUUCAUUGCGAUCGAUCAUGUACCUGUCCAACCAAGAGGAGGGGACAGGUCUAAACUCCUUCUACAGCGUGAAGCUCAUUGGAUCUAUCACCUAAACACAGUGACGCCAAAAGGACUCAAUGAGAACUUAGUUCUUUCUAUGUUUCUUUAAAUACAUUGCUGGUUCAUUGCGCUUCCCUUGACUGUUGGCUUAUAGAUACAAGUAUGAUGUAUUAACUAAUGGGAAUACACAGAUCGAUCUCCUAAUUACCCCUGCGAUUAGCAUGUAUGUCUCCCUUUGUGUCUCUAUCUGUGUCCUUUAUAGAUGGUCCCUCCGUGCCUGUUCCAGUAUAGAUUCAUUUUUUAUUUUUUAUUGUUUAUUUAUUUGUUUUCUGAUUAGUAGUCUGACUAACCUCUUGACACUUAGGUGGUAAUGUACUACGUGUAGAUAGAUGAAUUGUCUGCCGGCCAGCUAUAAUAAGGUGGUUAUCCCCAUAAUAAGAUUUGGCUGUACUAGUAUUCACUAUUUUCUCCAGUGUUCAGUAAUAUACUAUAUAUAGUCUAUGCUCAGCUUUUGAUGUAGUGAUUAAAAUAGAAAUAUGUUUUCUUGAUAUAUAUUUAAUGCUGUACUUGAAGGGUACCUAUGAUGAUUAUUGUAAUUACGACAUUUGCCUUAUGCCCUUUACUUCCUUUUAGCCUAUGUCAUGCACAGAUUUGAUCUCACUUGAUAUAGAGUCCGUUCACUAUUCGGGCAUUUUUAUUCAGGACUGCACUCAGGUCACUUGGCACAGUUGGUAUAGAAUCUCUUCUGUGUUGCAGGAGGCUAGGUGGAAGAUAUUUUAGUUCCUCCUAAUGUUAUACUCUGUACUUGAAAGUUUGGGACUUUGGUUCGGCUCUUUGCCGCAUACACUCACUUUGUUUCGCUAGGUUGCUUAGCAACCCCUGUCACGUACGUCAGACGCAUGUGUGCACGUGGGUCUCUCACUUCCGGGUUGUUCAGUCCGGCGGCUGCUCCAUCACUCUAUUGGUAAGUUUAGUGUACAUUUAUGUAUAUAUUGUUGUUCAUGUAUUGUGUCACUGUGAUCUUGAUAAAGACCCCAGGAGGGUCGAAACGUUGGUCGGUGUGUAACUCACAGCAGAUGUAUUUUUUUUGAUACAUUAAAGUAACUUUUUUCACUAAGUUCAAGACCCAGUGUGCUCCCUGGAUUACAAAGGUUGGAUAUAUAUAUAUAUAUAUAUAUAUAUAGUAUAUGUUUAUUUUUAUUAACAAUUUUUUUUUAUUGUAAAACUUUUUUUUUUUUUUUUUUUUCACGAGCAGGGUGACUGCCUGUCAGUUUAGGCAGUCUCCCUGCAGGCAGCACUAUGGAUGCCUAUUGUGUGCAUGUGAUUGCUCUUUCAGAGCAAUCAUAUGGCCCCUGGGGGUCCUGAUUUGCCGAGGGGGGACUGUCUGGGCUAUCAGACAGUCCCCCCCCCAGAUGGAGAAGAAGACCAAUCACCAGCAGGGGAAAGGCGACGAUUGGGUAAAUGAAUGGGAGGGGGUUAAUUUUUAUUUAUUUAUUUUUUUCUUCACAGAGUGCCUCAACCCCUCGAAGCACUUAGCAUACAGGCAGAGCAUUGGAAACUUGCCUGAUGGCUUCCGAUGCUCUGCACUACACGGCCGGGCUCCACGUGGGGAAACCCAGAAGUAAUCGCUGCAAUACCCUUAGAGCAGCUGGAAGCGAUCAUGAUCGCUUCCAGCACUCAUAAUGGCCGCGGACGUACAGGGUACGUCAGCGGACAUUAAGGACCGUUUUUUGUCGAACGUACCCUGUACGUCCACAGUCACUAAUGGGUUAAAGGGGCACUACAAAUCCUUAAAGGACUAUAGCUUAUUGAAAUGCUUUAAUGUAUAAAGAGUGUGUCCUCUACGAUUUUGUAAAUGGAAAAGAAAAGAUUUCGAUAGAAAGUGUCACUUUUAUAAAUUAACCUUGUUAUAACUCACUGGCUUUCAAGCAGACAACAGGUCCUGUUACUUCCUGGUUUGGUUAGCUCAGUGGAGCUAAACUCAAGAGGCAGCAAUGUCCCAGAACACCUGCCUUCCAAAGACUUCUCAUGGAGGUGCAUUGGACAGUCACAGAAAGUCUGAGUGGACUUGCAAAUAAGAGAACUGCAGCUUUUGCAAGUUGUUUUUAGAUAUACCCCCAGCAAAAAAAAGAAAUGCAUAUAUAGAAUGUGACGGCAGAUAAGAACCAUUCGGCCAAUCCAGUCUGCCCAGUUAUCUAAAUACUUUUAUUCCAUGUUUUACUGGUCCAUGGUGUCAAACUGCUCGAGAGACUCAGUGCAGCAAUAAACAUAGAAAGUAGAGUUGUCCUGAUGUCAGUGCUAAAAUUGUUGCUGCAUUAUUUUUCAGGAAAAGAAACACUAGCUAGUGGGGAUAAGUUUCAAAGACUUAAUGCAUUUCAUAUUACGAGUAGCAUUUAGUCAUGACUUCACAAAGCAGACAUGUAAAUUUAAAUAACUACAAAUAAAGAAGUAAAAGUAGAACUUAAAUUUGGAGAUCUCAGGAAUUUCUGAAGGCACAUGCAAGAAACAUCAAAGCCUUACUAAUGACAUUAAAUGCACAAAGUCUGAGAGGUCCCAAUUUGGCAACCAUCCCAACAGAAGCAGUGAAUCAUUGAAUAUCUAUGUAAGUAAAGUCAUAUAUAUCUACAUUAUUUUAUUCUACCUUCGACAGGAAACAAGGAGUGAGGAAUUCAUGUUCCCAUAAUAUUUGUGAUUACCACCUACAAGCAAGAAGCCAUCUUCACUCAUCAGGUCCCUGCAUGUUACAUUGGUUCCAUAACAUUUUGUUUUGACCCUGUGCCACAUAACCUUGAACCUGCAGGAAGGGUGGUUGUUGAUGGUGGACUAAUGGGAACCUGUAUAUCCCUUUGAUAAAGUAGCACAUUUUAGAGAAAGAAAUAUUACAAUGAAUGGAUGAGGGCUGGCACACUAUAAUACAGAGCAUAGAGGAGAUGGUGUUAGCUAUACAUUAGAAAAGUCAAUAUUGACUUAUCCAGAGUUUGCAAUACAGAGCUAGGUGUCUGCUAAUGAUUCAGAGCAUCUCUACCCUAAAAGAAUAUACUUUGCCAUUUUAUACUGCAUACCACUAAACACUACACUCAUAUGGACUAUCACCACAAUUCCACCAAAAUGAUAACUACUUAAAUAUUUAUAGUCAAGCUAUCACUCUGUAUAAUGAUGCUUAGUUUUCCCUGACCCUCUCUGCAGGUAACUCGUUAGCCCAACCUUGUGAUGGAUUAUACACCAUAUAUGAGUCAGAGCGAGGGCAUCAAGAGCGUGGCCCCAGAGGGUCAGAACUGGGGCUGGUGGAACAGAUCAUCGGCCGGACACUGCUGCUUGCAGCUUCGGAGGGAGGGGGCCGUGGAGGUGUGCGAGGAGUUGAGCUGGGAAGGUGGGCAGAACUGCUGUCCCCUCUGGACGAAUCGCGUGCUAGCAUCACAUCUGUUACCAGCUUCUCUCCUGAGGGGGAAGUCUCCCCACAAGGGGAUUGGACAGUGGUGGAGGUAGAAACAUUCCACUAAACAGGGCUCCACCCCCAAAGAGCUAAUGUCAUAGUGUGUGUAGAGCGCAAUAUCACCAGGGCCCUACAUCAAUGUGUGCAAUAUGUGUGCUGAGUGUUGUGUAAGUUUAUAUGCUAAAUAAUGUGUGUAUUUGAGAACUUUGCACUGGUAUCCAAUUUUAAACAUUUACUGGACUUUAUUGAUAGUCCAAUUAUCAGCAUUGCACUGCGUUAUUUGUGUGUUUAAUUUAUUAAUAAAAUAAAUAUUUACCCUUUCAACUUUGGGUACAAGUAACUGGCAUUGUCUAUGGGUGAGAUAAAUCACUCAAAAAAUAAAAUUGCAUCUAUAUGUUAAGAGAAAGGUACUACAGACAUCCAAGUCUACCACUGUAAAAAGAG